CAACUUUUUAAAAAUGGCGGUGUGCUUAGGAUAAGUCACUUCAUUUUACCUCACACAUUUAUAUUACAAUUUAUUGUUAAUCAAAUUACGUAAAAAAAUGUUCAAAAAGAAGGCUGAUGUUGACAAGCAUGUUAGUGCUGUUCUAUCACGUAAAAGAGAUGAAAAAGAGGUAUAUAUUUAUCAAAUUUAUUAUUGGUAAAUUUUGUCAGUGUUCGUUUCACUUUUUAAUUUUAAGUCAUUAAAAAUUAGCCUCGUUUAUAAAAAAAAAAAAUUAAAAAGAAAAAUUGAAAAACUAGAUUUGGUUCUGAUUCCCUAGCUAACCUUUUUAGUCUUUAAAUUAAAUUACUAAGUCUGUCCCUAAAUUUCAAAAUAUAUUUUUUGUCUUAAGUUUAAAAUAAAAAAAAUCUUUAGGCCUAACAGUUUAAAUGCAAUCAACAUGUAAUUUUUUUGUUUUUGCCUUUACAAAUAAUAAUUAUUUCCAAAUUUUUUUGCACAUGAUUUUCUCAACAUACCUGGAAUAAAAUUAUCCAAAAUAAGAAGUCUUGAUGUAAUGUAAAAUUUAUAUUGUUCUUUGUGUUAGUUAUUAGAUUAGGAAUGUCUCCUGAAAAUUUGUUGCAAUUAUCUUUAAAAAUAAAAAUGUUGUGGACAAAAUAAUGCAGAAAUGUGAAAUUUGGGUCACACGUUUUGGAGGUAAAAUAUAUAGAUUAUAUAAGGGGCAUAAAAAAUUUGACAAAUAAAAUCAAAACUCCACUUCUAUAAAAGAUAAAAAGAUGAAAUUGGUGUUGUUAUAAAGCUUAUAGCUAGCCCUUUAAAAUGAUGUAUCAUUCAUGGUAAUCUGACUGAGAAUAUUUAAAUUUUGUGUCAAAGUACCUACUUCUAUCAUUUAAAAUAUUUUUGAGCUAGUAAUAUGAAUUUUCAGGUCAACUUACGCUUUACGGCCCCAUGAUUGAUUCCCCUUUUAGUUUGUCAAUUGUUUUUAGAGUUAACGCUCACUUUUUGUAUAUUAAAACUGAGAUGAAUUUUAUUUUUAAUUAAUAUUUGGUCAAUUAAUACAUUCUGCGCCACUCAUUUCCCAGUGUUUUUUAAGCUAAUUUUUUCUCCAUGACAUCCUUUGGGUUAACCCACCAUUCCUUGUGUGUAUUAUCUUUCUCCAUGUAUUAUUGACCUUCCUAUUUAUUUCCUGGCAACUUUAUGUCCCUCAAAUAUGGGAUAAGAAUCAGCCAUGUCAACAAAAUUUAGUCUCCCCUACACUUACACUCAAAUUAUCCCAAAUGUUCUCAGUUGAGUUAUUGUUUACAUAUUGCAGAUCACAAUUUUAGCCAUUUAUUAGAUAUAUUUUAGACUGAGUUGGGGUGUUGCCUGUAAAAGACUGGAUAUAACAAGCAUCAAAUUUAUUGUACAUGUACAUUGACACAAUAACAAGUAGAGCCCUUGGAAACCACAAUAAUUUCAAGGUCACAUCUUUCUGACCUUUCCCCACCAUUUCACUUCUUCAUGUUUUUUCCAGUCUUUGUCAUUACUCUUAGGCACUCAAUGCUUUGUUUCAUUAGUUAAAAGUAAAAUAAUUCCCCAUAAAAUAAACAUUGCACUGGUAUUAGAGCUCAUUUAAUAUUUAAAAAAAUGGAACUAAGAUCCAUGCUAACAGUUUUUUUAGCCAAAUACCAUGUACAUUUUUAAAUUCCAAGUGAGUUCGAUUUUUGUUAUUUACAUCUAUGCAUUGCACCUCCACCUGUUGUAACCUAAAUCAGUUGUUUUCAUUCCAUGAUGGUACUUUAUUAUUUUAUAACUAAAUAAUUUUAAAUCACUUAAAUAUUAACCUAAUAGAAUUUAAAAAAAAAAAUGUAUUUUAUUCAGUAGUCUAAUAUUUCGUGAAAAAACUUUUUCUAAAUAGUCGUAUAAAUUCAAAGAUGCCAUAGUAAUUUAUUCCCAAGCAAUGUGACCAACAAUUACUUACAUCAAACCAGUACCUUCAGAAAUGUGUUUUGUGUUUGAAAAAUGUAUUGGCCAAAAACAAAAAGGACAUGCCUAGGAGUGGUACAAAACUCAUGCUAUAGCAAGAAAAACUAUUUAAAGCUACUUAAAAAUUCAACCUAUUAUUUUGUAUAGUAAUUAGUUGUUUUGGUUCAGUAAUAAUUAGGAAGUAGAUGGUUUGCUUCUUAAGCUCAGUCCUUUUUCUUAACCUCAAACUUUCAAGUAUAAUACUUUUAAAUUUGAAAAAUGUUGAUAUUAUAUAAUUAGAGGAACCAUUGGGGUUGUACUGAUUAUUCUGACAGAUUUAUCUGCUGAUGAUGCUCUUUAGAUAUGUGAUGUAAAUUGUAAGGAAACCUUGUUUGUUCUCUGCUAAACCUUCAAUCUAUAUCUGGAAUUCACUAAGGAAGCAACUCAGGCGAUAACACUUUCUUGGUUAUUAUCUUGUUCUUUUAUUGGGCUGAUACUUCGCUUAUACCUUCUCUCCGUCUCACACUCUGACAGUCCUGUACUCCUACCGUCGGAGCUCUCCCUGACUGUCCGCUUCUUUGUCAGGCUGAGUUCUGAUUAGUCCUGUCUAAAGGUCCCUAUUUAUAAGUCCCUGAAUUAGUCGCUGUGUCACUAGAGUUCCCCCCAUGUGGCGUUAAUCUUUAGCUACAUCUUUGGCACUAGAAUCUCUUCUAACGCCUUCCGUCGUUUAAAUGGACAUUAACUGAUCACUGGACUCACAUAAUAGCCUCGACACGAUGUUAUCUGCCAAGCUACAACAAUUGGUCGGUUGGUCAGCUUCUGGCAGGUCCGGGCUGACACUAAAAUCUGUUCCAACGCCCCCUGCCGUUUAACUAGCCAUUACCCAACCACAAGAAGCAUUCGCAAUAGCGUCGUCACGGUUUUAUAGCUACACCCGCUGGUCAGUUUGUCGGUUAUCCCACUGUGAGAUUCCCCCACCCCUGUCCCACACAGGUUUGAACUCUUCACAAAAUCUAAUUAUUUGAAAUAAUGUACCAGCAACAUAGCAGAAGGAGAGAGGUGCAGUAGCCUCCCUAAUAUAAAAAUUAUUUGCUUUUUUUAAAAAGCCAAAUGCACAUAAAUUCAAAUAAUAUUUUACAAUUAUAAUAUGAAUAGUUGGGAAUAUGAAGAAUUUUAAGUCAACUGAUGCAUGUGCUCAAAUGCGAGUUUACCAGGGUACCUCAAUUUGACAGCCUACUCACCUCCGUCUACUUUAAACCUACUGACAGCCUCCAGCUAUUUUUACCCUAAAUCCUGUAUUCUCUUUUCACUAUUACUUUGUUGUCUUUGCCAGUCUGAGGAUGACUUUUGGGACAAUGACUUGAGAUGACCAACCCUUUUUGGUGUGGGUUCUACCCGGAGAUAGUACUUUCAUUAGCCCUUCAAAGGGUUAAAAAUGUUACCCUUGCUGAUGCCUUCAGGUCACAUCCUAAUGAGAAUGACAACAGGACCAAACUUAUUCUUACAUAUUAUCUUCACAAUCUAAUAGCCAAAUGUGUUUUCCUUAAAAAUGGUGCCAUUCUCCUCGCAGACCCUGGCGCCCUAGAGAUUCUCUGUUUCUCCACCUCGCAUUGUUUUCAGGCGUGAUUGAAAUCUGCGAGACCUCCUUGUGCGAAUUUGCCUCAACGCUGCCCCUUACACUUUGGGACCAAGCCAUGUGGUCACAGGCGUUGCUACACCUGCGCUUCCGCCAUCCAGACUUAAUAUAUUCCCUUCCCCUAAGGGCUGUUUUCAGAUAAGGGACGGUUUCCUUUUUACUAGCUGCAACAUUGCCUUUGCAAUUGUUUACACCCGCUGCCAGAUGCCGUAUACAGGUGACACAGGGCGCCAAUCCUCUGACAUAUGUGCUAAACACCUACGUAAUAUUAUGCCAGAUAAGUAGUGUUCUGUCUCUAAACACUUCAAUAGAAACAACCAAGGGAUCUGCAGAUUUUACGGUAAGUGCUGUUGGGACCUGCACUUACACACCAAGCUUGGUGAAUUAGGAAAACAAGCUGAUCCAGACUUAUGGGACCACAUGACUUGAAUGUUAUGAUCUCGUUCUCUUGUGAAACCUUUUCUCCACCCCCUCCUUGUUACAACAAAUCACAGUGGUCAGUGGACUCUUUUCCUGCAUUCUUUCUUUUUUGGCUGUAUUUAAUCUCAUCUACUCAUUUUCUGUCACAUUCCACUUGCUGUCCUCUCGGAUACUCUCGGAAAAGCAAUUUAUAUUUGUUUGAUAAUUAAAUAAUGAAAAUUUUGAAAAUCCUGGUUUUAGUAAAUCCAAUCCCAGUAUUUUGAAGCAUUAGUUUUAGUCUUGUAUCUCGGUAUUUUCCAUAGUCAGGAUUGCGGUUUGCGACCCUUAAUUAAAACUAAUAAUCGUUUAAUCUCUUCAGAGAAAUGCUCAAGGGUUUCAGAUUGCAAGGCUCUACACAGAGGUGAAGGAUUAUAGCUCUGCUAAAAAGUAAGAUUUGUCUUACAAACCUUGAUGCUAAAUACAUAACUAAUUUGAUAAAAAAUAUGUAGACAUUUCCCUAAACUCAAUGCCAAUGUAUUUUUUGUUAUAAAUAUUCAACAUUACAUAUUAUUUAUAUUCCUUCUACAGAUAUCUAGCUGGGUUUCUCUCUGUCAGAGAAACUGUACCGCAGGCUCAUCAGCUGAUGGGAGAGAUCAAUGAGGCUCUCGACAAAAAGGAAGAGGCAAUUGAAAAUUAUAAAAAGUAUAUUUAUUUCUGAUUUUAUAAUCUAUUGUAAAGUGAUCGUUCUAUUUCUUAACAACAUAACAAGAUUUUAACGUACAAAUUUUAUAUGCACUGAAUAAUACACAAUUUUUUUUUCAGAGCUCUUGAUCUUGGUGGCUUUGGAGCUUCAAAUAGAUUGCUUGUUAAAAAGAGUAGGUAUUUAUUGCAUAAAGAUAAAAUUACUUUAAUGACUCUGUGACUGAUUGCCCAACCCAUAAGUUACAACCCAAGAGUUUUCUUGGGGUUCCCCAGGUGAAAUAAUAAACUCAAAUAAUAAUGAUUUAAUAUCUGUUUCUAUUUUUAAUUGUUGUCAUAAAGUUGGAAUAGUAUAAUGCUCCUAUUUGCAUCUACACAUCUCUGCCCCAAGUUAAAAUAAUAUUCAAUAACAUACUGCAGAAAUCUAUUUUUGAUGAGUUUCAUUUGAACUUAUUAAAAAUACUUUAAAAAAAAAAAAAAAAAAAACUAUGUUAUGGUCAUUGGUCACUUCACUUCAGUUAAAUAAAUAAUAUUAAAUAACAUACUGCAGAAAUCUAUUUUUGAUGAGUUUCAUUUUAACUUAUUAAAAAUACUUUAAAAAAAAAAAAAAAAACUAUGUUAUGGUCAUUGGUCACUUCACUUCAGUUAAAUAGGGUCUCAACUCAAAAAGGUUUGGGAACUUAUGCUUUAGUGCAGCUUAUAAAUUUUAAGAAUAAAGUAAAGCCUUUGUUUGAAAAUUGUGACCCCUUUUUUCUUGUGGGACUUGGUUUUAUAGCAGGUAGUUUUCACUUUGUUGAUUUAUUUCAGGGGCACUAAACCUUUUUGCAACGCCCCCUCUUGAUUUAAAAUAUUUCCUGCAACUUGAUUUGAAAACAUGUUUCCUGUAACCCCACAGGAUAAUAAAAGCUUGAUUUUUCUGGGUCUCCUACCAUCCCCUGAUAGUGCCCCCCUGCAUUUACGCCCCAUUAAGAACCUCUGAUUCAUUGUUUGAUACAGUUUAAUAUUUUUUGGGUACCAUUUGCCCCUCUUUAUUUCAGUUUGUGAACUAUACUGUGACCUUGGCACAGACGUGCAAAGAAUGAAGGUGGGUAUUUCUGUUCAAGUGCACAUAAUCAGUGACAAAGCUAAUGUGUCCAUUUGCUAUUAUGUUAAUUGUACAAAUGAAUUAUCUUGUGACGUUCUUAUUUUUAGUCUCCACUCAUUUUUUAUUAUAGGUAACUUCUUUAUCUCUUCUCUAUAGUUCUGGCUUGAAAAGUGUGAGACUUUAUUUCCUAAAAGUGACAUAGUUUACAGGCUGAAGGUAAGUUGAUUUGAUUCUUAUGAAUAACAAUGCUGCUGUAUUUAGAAAAACUACUUUUCUGAUUUUUCAAAACAUUAAUUUCUACAUUACUAAGAAAUAGUACAAUUUUUAAAAUUUUGAACUGGACUCCAGAAAAAUAAAUGGUGUGAUAUGAAAACAAGAUGGAGCCUUGAUGGCACAGAUUCUAUUCCUAUUUAACUUAUUUGUUUCUUUGCAGUCUUUUAAUCACAGCAGACUUUUUUCUAUUAGAUAUUACAUUUGGAAAGAACUUGAAUAGACUCUUAAAAUAUUAUAUGUUGGCCAGGAAUACAGAAAUUGAGUCUGUUUCAGCUUACACGGUUUGAGUAAAAACUCUCAUUUUCUGUUUUUUUUCUCAGGAACGAAUAGCUGGAACUGUCAAUGGUCAUGAAGAUGAUAAUAGCAAAGAAAUGGAAAAUCUUGUUGUAUCUGAACUAGUGAGUCAUAGUUAUGUGUUUUAUAUUUUAUUUUUGUUUGUUCAGUGCACGAGGCUAAUGAUUGUAUUAAAUUUUAACAAAUGUUGCCAUAGUGGAGCUUAAUCAAUAUACACCAUCAUCAAUAUACACGAUCACGUUGCUUAAUUCUUUAAGAUCAAUCAACCAACAAACAUAACACUGCGCAUCAAGCUGCUGAACAUGUACAUGCAGUCUGGUAAACUAGAGGAGGCUUAUGAAGCUGCAGUUGCCACAGACCUCACAACUGCCUUUGUGGAACAUCUUCAGUGGUUUGAAACUCUGGAAACCAUCUUCAAAGUAAGAGAACAUAUUAGUUUAACAGACCUGUUUACCCUCAAACUCUUAAAAUCGUACAAUAUCAUCACAAAAUCGUUCAAUACAUUAUCUUAAUAGUAAAAAAUAAACAUACAGUAUAUAUUGUGUAUAUACCUCAAAAUCGUACAUUGUACGCCAAAAUCGUGAGAGUAAACAGGUCUGGUUUAAUAAACUAUGAAAUAGUACUUGACUCUUGUUAUUCGCAAAAUAUUUUGUGUAUGCAUAAUUAUUUUAAAAAAAAUAUUUUUAAUAAUCGACAUGUGUAUCCAGGAAUACAUAAAGAAAUUCCCUGACUCUGAAUCAGACUCCAUGUACAACCAACAUUUGUUACACAUCCUGAGAAAUGUGACCUUUCUCAGUAUGGGGAGUAAAGAGAUUGUGGAAUGUUCCCAAGCUCUGGCCAGGUAAAGUGACUGUUGAGAAAUAAAAUAUCAAUUUUUUUCACUUUCGUUAACCUUCAUUAGUAGCAUUAUUAUUAUUGUUAAAUUUGUCAUGAAAUUACCCGUCUUAUGCAUAAUUUUAAAUAAUAGUAGCAUUGUGUCAUAUAUAAAGUAUGCACCAAAAGUACUGAAACUCCAGUAUCUUGAAUUUUUAUAGUAUAUGCAUUGGUCAGUGAUGCAUAGCUCCAGUGGCCACAUGUUCCAAGAAGUGAGAAAGAUGUUAUUUUUGGCCGUUUUUGUUGCAAAUGGAUCUCUUGAUGGAGAAAAAUAUAGUCAUAAUUCAUUUUCUCUCGUAACAAAGUGAUAAACCGAUUAUAAAGGUGGUUCGUGUCUGAAUAAAGGUGGUAGAUCAAUUCCAAAAGAGAUUUAAAAAGACGGCACCAAGAAAUGCAGAUAUAUUUUCUUUUGUUGCAAAAAUACCAUAAUGGAAGUGCACUGUGUCAUUUAAUAUAGGAGGAAAUCUGAUCGACCAGUAUGUUUCUCGAUAAUAAGAAGCAAGUUCGUGUUCUCUGGAAGGUGCUGUAUUCAUCCUUUGAAAUGAACAUCAGUCAUAUGUCCAUUUUUAUUUAAGGACAUAGAUGCAUUUGUUCCAGAUACCGGUUGGACAGUGCUUGGCGAAGCCAUAUAUGUGACCCAGGAUGAUGUUUGUUGAAAUGAGGAAUGAGUGUUUCUCAGACAGGUUGAUCAGACUUUGCCAUUUGUUGACAGAAAACCUUCCCGGAACCUUUACUUUGGGCCCUUUAAAAAUAAUAAAUCAAUCUCUCUUGGCUUUCUUCUUAUGCCUUUUUUAAAAACACAGUCACCACUUACUGUCGCUAACAUUUGAGAGAAAUUAUUGCUCAUCAAUGAAUUUUUUUUCCUAUUUCUAAUAAAAACUGCCCAACAUAUAAUCCUUUUCACUUCUGUGGUCACGUGGCACGUGGAACUAUGCAUUUUUGGCAAACACUAGUACGAAUUCAAGGUGCAGGACUUUAAGUACUGCUAGAAUUGCUGUAUGCUGUAUUAUUCAACUGUAAACAACUGUAUAAGCUUAAUCUGAUUUUAAUUUUAUAGAUUUGACAAACAGUUAAAAUUUGUAUAUACUUUGCCCAACAACGAUGAGACGUGGACAGUCUUUGUAAGAGAGAUGAAGGGUCAGAUGUUCUUCCUUGCUGGUUUGUUGCUGUUAAAAAGAGCUAAGGCUGUGAGUUAAAUUUAUAACUAUUUUGCAGCUAUGCAAUGGUAUUCAUAAUUGCAAAUCAAUUAAUAUUUCAUUAUUAAAUCUGAUGCAAAAUAAUAAUUUAAUGUGUCAACUGAAUCUCCCAUACCAGGGCUCCAUACAGUGGCAAGAGGUCAACCAUCUGGCUGGGUCUUGUUUUCUAGCCAGUCGUAGUGUGGACCCUCUAGAUGCUCAGGCUCCAUGGUUUGUGACUGCACCGCAUGAUCACAGCAAAUUCUAUAACUGGUGGUACCUUCAGAGUUAUGACAGGCUUUCACAAGUUGGUAGGUUAAAAAUAAAUAACUGAGUUUGUUUUCGCAUCUUUAAUAUAAACUGUGCUUAUUAUAUCGUAGCAAAAUGCUUGGUGCACACAAAAAAAAAGUCAAUUGGUUAUGAGUAUGCCAGCGUUCAUCCAUCAUUGCCUUUGUUCUGAAAUGCGACAUGAACGUUAAACAUUACCAUUCGCAGAUAUUAUUCGUAUACCCAAUAGUUAAUUUGUGAUGCUGAAUAUCCUCCUGCAUUUAUCUUAACAUAUUAAUAGUUUUACAAAGUACGUUUAUAUAUUUAUUGUUAAUUCCUUCCUCCUCUUCCCCCCACCGCCACCACUUUUCUAACUGAACUACCUUUACACAAGUGUUUACGUGGAAACGGCUGAAAAAUAGAAAUGCAGAUAAUUAUAUUUCUCAGCCAAUGUCCAACUUAUGUUAUUGUAUUUUAGGUAUGUUGAGAUGUGGACUUGCUUAUUUAUUGUUUCCUUUCCGUUUGUAGGUCACAUGCUGAUACAGUUGUCACAAAGCGAUCUUGUUGACUGGAGCCAUACUGUCAGACAGCAGACGAUGACAGCAUCAGGCCAUCAGAGAGUAUUCAAGGCCCUUUAUGCGCCAAGAGAUAUGAAAGAACAAGGUCAAUCAUCAUUCUUUUACCAGGCCAGGGAGAUGGUGGAUGAAUCAGGCCAGAAGGAGCCCCUUACAGAGCGACACAUGCUUGAAAUUGACAGAGGUGAGCUAAAUUAAGGUUUCAUUAGUUUGCUGUUUAUAUGAAUAAAAAUUUCAUUUGAAAUAUAUGGAGGUUCUCAUCUAAAAUUUUAAAAAUAUUUAAAUUCUCAUUUGUUUUGAUUUAACUUAAUAUUGUUUUGAAUGAAUAAAUCUUCCAGAGGCAAAGCUUUUAAAAUUAAACAAAUUCUAGUAGUAUUACAAAAUGUUUAUUCAUCUUAUAUUUAUAAUAUUAAAUUUUUGUUUGCUUAAUUAUAUGUAUGAAUUAAUGAUACAUUUUUAAUUCCAUCAGUGGCUUUUCAAGUUCACCUGAGCAAUCUCUCCCACUUAGUGUGGCUGUGUCUUCAGAGAUAUUCACCAGACAUGAGUGCACAACCAAACUGUGAGCUUUUAAUUUUUGAAACAUAUUCAGUUAUGAAUUCAUUUGCAUGUGCGUUUAUAAGCAAAUUAUUUUUUAUUAACUAUUUUUUAGAAGUUUCUACACCACAAAUCUUGCUGAGAGUCAUCUUAUUAAGAAUUAUGUCAACCAUUUUAUUUCAGUAUUUAUAGUGGUUAAUAUUUUUUACGAAAAAUUUCUUUUUCCAAAAAGCAUAUUAGAAAAUAUAUAUAAAUAUUUAAGGGUUUUGUAUCAUAACUUGUUUAAUUACAUUUCUUUACAGAUCAUUUCAACAUCAUGGAAAACAUUCAAUACAGCAAUAAAAAGAUGGAGGACACUGGUGCUGAGUCCUUGAGUCAACUGGAUAUAUUGGUAAAUAUCGAUACACCUUUUCUCUAAAGAUUGUAUAGCAAAAAGCAACUUGGUUGAUCACUUUGCACUAAAUUUAGUGUACAAAUUUUUUCACAUUCAUAAAGCUCUAUAUAAAGAGAUCUUGUACAAUUUCUAGGUUUUCCUCUUGGCAACUGUUCGAUGUGCAGCCAGCGCAAUCACAGAAAAUGUUUUCCUAUAUGAUGACCGCACGGGUCGACCUACACUUUUACCAGUGUGCUUAAGUAAACCAUUGUGCACUCCUGAACAAGGGGAGUGGUGGACAGCAGUUUACAAGUUCUGUACCAAUUCUGUCAAGUAAGCUCAGCAUCUACUAACAGUAUUAUUACUGAGGACUUCAACUUUUCAAGGGUCCUUAAGUUUUGAUGGUUUUAUUAAAAAUGGAAAUACAAUGAUUAAUCCUGUUAAAUUAAUUUUCAUUAAUUGAUCAACUAUCCUCAUAUAUAUCAGAGUGUUCAAUCCAUUUAUAUUGACUUCUUAAGAGUAUUUUUAAAUUUCAGUUUAAUUUAUAUGAAAAAAAAUAUUUAAUUAAAACUAAAUACCUCUUUUGAUUACCGUCAUAUUUUUUGGUCAGUAUCCCAAUAAUACAUGAAUAUUUGUGUUAAAUUUUAAAGUUUAAAUGGUAAGAUGACUUAUUCUUGUCAUCUUGUUAAUUUAAAUAAUUUUUAGUAAUGAUAACUUCUGGCUUUUACAUUUUUGUAUGUCUAGGGAUGACUUUUCAAAAUUGAGGCGCAUACUGAUACGAGGCAUAGAGACAGUGCGUUUGAUUGGAUCUCAUGGUAUGUCCAUCCCCUUGACAGCUCACAUAGCCCGGUCUCUGGAUGCAAAGGUAUGACAUGAAGAAAAAAGGGACAUUUAGCUAGAUGAGGUAUGCCCAAAUUUUUGUAAAACAGUAGAGUUGUUUCUAAAUUAGAUUUCAGUCAUAUGAGUAGGACUAGUCAAAAUAGAUUCAACAAUAUAUUUAAAAAAUGUAUUCUCUUAAUCUAAAUAAUUUCUUUCCUGUUGAUUCAGAACCAACCCAUUUGCUCUUUUCUCUCUGAAAAUAAAUAACUUUCUUACAUGGUCGCACACAUAGAAUGCUAUGUUUUAUUAAACUUUUCAUAGGACAUAAUGUUUUAUUCAUCUUCUCGUUUCUUUUUUAAAAUGUAAUUUUAGGAGUGUUAUUUAAAGAUAAAUUCCUUUUUCUUUUAGAUAAAAAGUGUAAAAGAGGCUGAGUUUGGAUGUCGGUGCUCAGCUGCAGAGUUGAAUGCAUUGGAAAUCAGGGCAGCCUUUUACUGGGAGAAGACAAAACAAGCUCUGGAAAAACUUCAAAGGUACUGAAGUUGCUGUCUUUUGCAUACUAUUCUGAGGACACGUACUACUUUUCUAGAGUAAUGUCUGAGUAAAAAAUAAGUACAUAAAUUUAUAAAUGAAGUUCUUUUUACAUUAUUUUAUUUUACCAUCUAUCUAAUUUUUUUCCCCUCUAGGAAUCAACACAUUCCUAUUUCUAAAAACCGACUCUUUAAAGAGGCCGGUGACCAAGAACUCCCACCUCGCCUGAUUGACAAGUUUACAGCUGAGACCACAUUUGCUCUGUCUCUAGUUGCCAUGAACAGAGGCCAGUAUGAGGCAGCCCUAGAAGGCUUUCACAAUCACAGGUCACCAUGGGCUAAAUACCAUUCUGCUCAGGUUGGUUUUAGAGGAUCUCUCUUUAACCCUUUACAGUCCAAGCCUAUUCAGCCUUGUCUACUCCCAGCACCCAAGCAAAGGGACAUAACUCCAUUUUGAAUGAAGGUUCUUUAUCUAAUUAAUUUACAGAAAAUAAACUAGAAGCAAGAAAAUAAAAUAAAAAAUACCUAAAUACAAAGAAAUGAUUAAAGCAAAAGUUACACCUAAAAAUAGUUUCAGAGACCCUCCCACUCAUGAAAUAGUGAAGCUUCAUUAGGCCUAAGUUCUUUCAAAAGUGUAUCCAAGGCUUAGAUAGCUAUUUUUUACAGCGAAAAAAUCGCGACUUUUAUAAAAAUCAUAGAAAAUCAGCCCCUAAACACACAGCGGUCAAACUAGUAUCAAAAUAAAUGCCGACAACGAGGCUUUCAUCUGGUUGAAUUAUAAAUAGUAAUGCGCAAUGGAUUUCCGCUGUGCUAAGAACGAAAGUAAACAACCUCGAAACGGGCGGGUUUGGCCGCAACGGACUGUAGGCUUAAGGAAAAAAUCGGCGUAUUUCGGGCGCAUCGGACUGUAAAGGGUUAAUUUUGCUGGCAUAGAAUAAUCUAAAGAAUGAAUUUAUGAAACUUUAUGCUUUAGUCUUGCAUUUUUGUUGAUUUUUUAAAUAAAAUAACUCAUUUAAUUUUACAUUUUGCAUUUUGUAAUGUUAAUAUAAAGGAUUGUUAAAUUUUUGCCUUAAAAUGUUUAAGCAGUCAUAUAAACCUUGUUGAGAUAAGUUGCAAUUGCCAUCUUUUAUUAUUUGACUUUGUUUUUCCAUCGAUUUAGAUCUACAAAAUACUUGCAGAGCAGGAGAACAAUGUGUUCUCAUCAGAUGAAACUAGCACAAAGAAACAGGCACUGCUUCUAAAGGCUAGGGACUGUCUUUAUGAUGUCUUAGACCGCCUCAGUGGAGACAAGUCUCAUGUGAGUUGAGGUUUACAAAAUUUUUCUCAAGAAGAGGUUUUGUAGACAUUGGUUGUUAGGAAAUAGUUUUUUUCCUUAUUUCUUAGCGGGGACAAAAUGUUUUUUAAAUUAAAUUUUAAAAUGGCUAGUAGUAUUUGUACACAGUUAAAACAGUUGGAAAAAGGGAUAUAAAUUUAAAACAAAUGUGCUGUAUUUUUGGGCGUACAAGACGCUCCCCUAAUUUUCCUGUUAUAGGGUUUGGGCUAUACUCGCCGUAUAAGACUAUUCCUCUUCCAACGCACACCAAAUAAAAAUUAAAAAAACAUCAGAAAGGAAGGAUAAUACAAUAAACCCAUGGGAGCUGCUUUGUUUUCUAAGCUUUUAACCAAACUGGAACUAGAGGGGGCCUGUCCCUGAAUUUUUCGCACACUGAUUUCUCGCUUAUAAGACGACCCAAGAUUUUCAUGGGUUAAAAAGUUGUUUUAUACGCCGGGAAAUAAAGUAUAUAUUUUGCAAGAGAUAACUCGGCUAAAAGUGUUCUUUAAAAAAUUUGAUUGAUAAUGUUUAUUCUAUUUAUUUUUCCAAUCAGAAACUAAAUGCUCUGGUAGCAAGGGACUUGGAGGACAUUGACACUCAGUUGCAGGCAUUAGAGUAUGGUAAGAGUCACUUACACUUUAUAAGAUCUGACUCUUCAAGUGCUCUGUAAAUCAGUUGCUUACGACCAUCUAUAAAAUUGUUAAGGACUAUUCGCAAACUUAGGAUUAGCUGAAAGUCUUAAAUAACUAAUGGUUAAUUCAGCUAAUGUAAAUUUCAGCUCCUUUUUUUUUGAGUAAUCGUGACAAAUAUAAAUUUUCUUUCUGAUCAGCAGAUGAUAAAGAUGGCAGCACCAAUAGCUCUUUCCACACCCCAUCAAAAUUUCCCCCAGACAUCCGACCAAGCUCAAACACCAAUGGUAUGGUCCACAGCACCCCCAGGAACCCCAUAGCAACAUCAGCAUUUCCCGAUCAUGAUACGGGGCAUACAAGGGUCAGUCAUUUAAUUUGUACUGUUUUUUUUUUUUUUUUUUUUUUAAGAGUGCACUCUAUGACCUUAAUAACAUUUUAGUUAUCCUAUGACCUUACAUUUACACAGUGACAUCUCAUUCACCAUGUUGCAGUGGCACGGUCAACAAAUUUUUUCCUAAAAUAUUCAAUUGGAAUCCCCUUUUCAAGGUGCUGUGGGAACGUAGCACAGGGAAAACCUCAUAUUUUUAUUUCUUUAUUGAUAUUGCAAAAAAAAUGUAUUAGGUUGUUUGGAUGAAGGCUUAAAUUUAAUUAGGAAUGUCUUAUUCCAAUUUUUUACGUAGUUACAGUAACACUUCACAAAGGGACUUGACAUCACUGGUAUCUUGUGGGUGCCUACUAUUACGAUUGUGAAAAUUCUUUUAGUCCGCACCAGAACCUAUUGUACCUCAGUGUAAUGAGAUGAAAAGCUAUUUUAAUUUUAUCAAUGUUUUUUUUUUUUUUUCCAGCUGAAUACCACUGAGCCAAUCCGUGCCACGAGGGAUCACAAUGUUUCUUCUACUAGUGAAAACGCUGACAGACCCAGGCCAUCGCCUGAACGUCUUGACUCCCAGAUCAGGUCUCUGAGCUACAGCCAGACAUCACUUUUUAAAGUGGUGUUGGACAGGAAUGAAGAGCUGAUCAUAAUUAAUGGAAAGAUGAUGGAAGAGCUGCGAGACAACAACAUCCAGCUGAGAACCGUGCUGUCUGAGAACAAAUCUCUCAUGGAUGAGCUGAAGGUGGGUGAUAUUGGCCAGUCAACUGAAACAUAUGCCAGGGGUGUCCAAAUUGUGUCGGCAGAGAACCAGAACAAUUAUUGUGAACUCUUUCUUGGGCUGCAGGUGCUAAAUCAUGUAUUUGUUAUUCUUAAUAAUUUUUCUUAACUUAGUCCACCUCCUAUUAUUUUUCCAUACUCGUGCGGUAAAAUGAAGACAGUCAAUGUUUUAUAAUGAAUAUAUUUGUUGCAUGGAAUGAAACAUGAAUAAAGAAACAAACAAAAACUACAUGCAAAGAAACUGAAUAAGAGUCUAACGCUAAUCUAAACUAACUAGUGUAAACCUCACAGUAAUACUAAAGAAAUACUAGUAAUAAUCCAGGUUCUUGGAGUUAUGAAUAUGAAUGGGAAACAUCUAUACUGGUUGUAAAGCACUUGAAUGUGCAUACCAUGUCUGCUAGCAUCUAUUCAUCUCUGGAUAUCUUUCUACUUCGUUGGAGAAUACAACCAGAAGAUAUACUGGUUGAUUUAGCUUAGCCUGAUGCAGUUCUGGGUCAGUUUCUGAUGCUGUAAACAAGCUUUCAAGUUCAAGCUAGCUUAGGAUGCUAGUCGGCUACCUUGGUGUGGCUUGCAUUGAGUCAUAACACAGCCUUGAUGGUUGUGGCAUAUACUGGGAGUUUAUCACGUGACUGGCCAGUGAUCUGCUGGUUUUGAGUUCAGUGCUAGGGUGGUUUUGGAGAGGUGGGGAGAGAGAAAGCUAUUCUUAGCAGUUGGCUAUACACUUAAUAUGCAUUAUUUAGGGGAGUGUGAACUAUACCUAGCAGCUUGGUAUACAUUCAUAGACACUGUUCUGGAUUGUGAGCUAUACUUAACAGCUUGCUAUACAUGUCAUGGGCAUUAUUUAAGAGGGUGUGAGCUAUACCUAGCAACUUGCUAUACAUAUCAUAGGCAUUAUUUAGGGGGGAUAAAUAAACCCAACUGUAAUGAGACAUAACAUUACAAUAAUAUUUACACAUGGUCUAUUUACUUAUUACACAUUUUAUUUGUUGAUUUGACUAGGCAGUGCUUCUUACCAUUAUACUCUGAAUUGAAAUAAAGACAAAGAUCAUUAGGUUGAAAAAUAAAUAAAUGUUUAUUUUAAUUUUUUGAAAUAAUAAUAUUGGAAGAUAUAUUUAUUUAUAAGUCUGCACCUAAUUAAAAUAUUCUAAAUUAUCAUGUUGUAGCUACUUAUCGCCACUGAAUUUUUAUAAAAUUUUUAAGUGGAAUAUUUCUUUUAAAGGGGCAAUAUUGUUUAAAUCAAUUAUCAUUUGACAACUGUCACACAAUUAAUUAUUAGUUAAAGUUUUGUUGAUCAGUAGAUUAUGUUGGAUUUUAAAAAAAAAUAUUAAAAAAUCAUAAUUUGUUUUUUCUCCUUUAGGUGUCCUUGACAGAAAAUAAGGAAAUGAUGAAACAAAUCAAGGUAUUAGAUUUUCUAAAUUUGUUAAAACUAAUCUUAAAUUAAAAUAAAUUUCAAUUUUUAACUGGUUGCGGAAACUGGUGUAUUUAAAUCCAAUAAAAUUAUUAUUUGAUAAUAAAUGUACCACGUUUUAAUUUUUAAAAAAUCUAAACAAGCAUGAAUUUAUUUUUGUUUCAGAAUGAACUUGGUACCCUAAAGACUAACAUCCUCACGGCACCACCUCCAAUCCAAACUGCACCUCUCUUUAUGCCACAAAUGCCAGCUUCUGCUCCACCUCGUGGGCCAUUCCCCGGCUUCCCUCCCCCUGCCUACGGUGGCUACAUGAUAAACUCUCCUGUGCCACCCCAACCUCCUCUUGGUGCCGGGCCGCAGUAUCGCCCCUCUGGACUUCCUGGUUCAAGGUCAUCCAAUGUAGGGAAGUAUCGGCCACAGUCGGAAGAAGACGAGGAGGAGGAAGAUGACAUGAGUAAUAUUGAAAGAGAGUAUUUUGAAAAUGAACAGUCUUACACCCAAUAUUACACACCUGAAUCGCAGAUUAUUCAGGUAAUAUCUAUUGACAUGAUUUGAUGGUUUUAAUAUGCAAGUACUGUGGAGAAUUUAUGAGUGCCCAGAAUAUGCCUGUUUAAUCAUUAAAACAGGCAGCUUGUCAAAUCUGAACUUUCCAAAUUUAAGAUAUUUUAUAAAAAAAAUCAUUCUAAAAUUGAGUUUCAGGAAAAGAUUGAAUUAUGGGCCAUUUAUGAUAAAAAAAAAAAAUCUGUUCAAUUUUUUUUUAAUUAUCAGGAUUGCCAUCCAGGUCAGCAUGCACUUGUUUCUCAUCAUUUUGGUGUGUCAUCACAAAAAUACUUUAAGACAUUAAGAUUGAAAGUGUUCAUUUAAUACAUUGUUUGACUCAUUGCAGUGUUCCCAAGAUUGGGCAGUUGGAGGUAGAUCAGGUAUGGAGGGUCAGCCACCUAUUCCCAUACCUCCUCUCCAGCCUAGGAUGAGCAUUCCAGCUCCUGGUUACUUCGCAUCUGCACUCAGAGGACAGUCUCUGCAAUAUGCACAGAAUGUACAAACACCUGGACAGGUGAGUUAUACAAGUAGCCUUUUAGAAAUUAUAAUUCAAGAAAUAGAUCUGCUGGCAUCCGUCCGUCACAAUGUGACGAUGGUGUAGACUUCGCAAGGAUGAAAUCCACAAGGCUUGGGAUUCUUUUUAGGAUUAUAAGGCUGGUUCCCUACACAGCAAAUGCCUCUCUCCAUGCCUCUCUCCAUGCCUCUGGAUAACCUAAAGGAACAUCGUGUCCAUGAUGCAGCUUGGCACCAGUUUUCAGAUUGUUAAAAAAAAAAAAUUAUUUUAAAGUUGUUAGGUCUAUAGAGUCUCCUGUAAAAUUUGGAAAACCUGUGGUUAGAGGGUUUCAGCAAUUUUUAUAUAUAUGAAAGUAUUUUAAGAAGGGGACUGUUUCCUUCAUCUUACUGGCCGAGGGGUUCAUGGAGAGAAAAAAAAUGUGAAGAACCCCUGGUUUAGAUCAAUAGAUUACAUACCUAGACGUUAUGAAAACAAGAAAUACAUUUACCGCCAUUUGCAAAUUGAAUAGCUAAUGUGUAAGCAGACCUCAUUAACAUUGAAUAGCUAAUGUGUAAGCAGGCCUCAUUAACAUUGAAUAGCUAAUGUUUAAGCAGACUUUUGUCUCAUAUUCUGUUUGUGACCACCUCUUAUGUCAACCAUUUUCAUUUGUUGACUGAAUAACCUAUUAACAAUCUUAACUAGAUCAAGCCAGCUUCUGGACUAGGUUUCUUUGCAUCUCCUGCUGUAGGUGGAACUGUCACACCUGUGGUACCGGCGACAGUUGCGGUCAGUAUGCAGAAUUCUUAAAUAUGGAAUAUUAUUGUUAGUGGAUGCUUCUUGCACCAGAAUAGAAGUGGAUCAAAAAAAGUUUAAUAAAUAUUUCUGGCAAAUCUUCAUUAGUUAUUUAAGCUCUUUACUUGAGAUUGUAUUAGCUUCUUACAAAAGUUAGCCAAAAAUUUGUUGUUUUUUUUUGCUAUCACAAAGUACUAUUAUUGUUCCUAGAGCUUAACUGGUUGCAGUUUUAUUUACACAGAUAUUUUGAAACAGUUGGUCCAAGUGUUAUAAAAAAAAAAGAUUUAACUUCUUAUUUUCUAUAAUAUAUGCUGGCAUUUAAACAACAGUCCCAUAGACAGUCCUACACCAUACCCAUGGCUCAUUAUUGAUUGAUAUAAUAGUCACCUCCCCCUAACUAAAGAAACUUCAACCUUUUUUACACAAUGCUCGCUGCGUGACAGCUUUUAUUUUUCACUCAAUGCUAUUAAUAUAAAACAUGUUGAGUAGGGGGGAGGGCCGGUUGUGAAAAGGAAACAGGACACACCAGAAGCAAUAUAUAUAUAUGAGAUAAUUAUUUUAGUGAGCCAUACAUACAUUUGACUUAAAAAUAUUUUAAAUAAAAUAAAUGUAGCAAAAAUCACAGUAAAAUCAACAUUUUAGUGGCAGAAAAGAAGACUUUUAUCAUUCCAGUGUAAUAAUUAAAAUCAAUUGAUUGUUGUACAGAUGACCCCAGUAGCAGUUUCAACUGGCAGGGUUCCUGACAGCACUUCAUCCCCUGCAUUACUGGCUGCCCUGACUGGUCUGAAGUCCUCCAUCACUACAGGUAAUGGUUAUAAAGUAAAGAGUCAGUUUUUGUUUUUUAAAAAUCUAUAUUCAACUUACUAUUUUAAAUAAGAAACUGCCUACUACUUUUUAUACUCUGCCCCCGUUCCGACAAUAAUCCAUAAGUUUCCUUUAUGAAAAUGUACUGUUAUUCGUCUUCACAAUUCUCAGCUUGAGUAGUAGGUGUGACUUGAGCUGUAUUUUGUUUAAAGUGUGGGAGAGUUGCUCUAUUCGUCAGCCACCAUCUCUCGUUCUUGCCUAUUAGUCAAGACGACUGGAAAUAGAACAGAACAGACCGGGUGUUUUUCUUGUGUUUUUCAAUUUGCUAUUUAUGCAUUCUACGUCGCAGGAGUUGUCAGAAUUUUCAUUGUGUCAAUGUCAUGCCUUAUAUAGGACCCCAUCUCUGGGUUUAAUUUCAGAGUUUGCCUUCUCUUAGAUGAGUUGCCAUCCAAGGUUAACGCGUCCCAUCCACCAGGGGGUGCUGGUUUUAGUUUUUUGUUUGUCUAGGCGUUUUCUGGGGAUUGUACUCGGCCUGGGAGGGAGUGACAUGGAAAUGUCAGCUUUGUCUGUCUCUCUACUUGUAAUUUUCUUUGUACACAGGCACACCAAAGAUUGAUCCUGCUCCACCGGCAACAUCGCCAGCUGUUGGAAGUCUUGGAGCUGUUCUCAGUGGUGAGUCAAGUCAGUAAACCUUUUAUUUUUCUCUUACCUUGUUGUAAAUUGUCUUCCCUUAUGUUUUAGUUUAAACCAGGGCAAGUUGUCUCAUUCUGUAAGGACUCCUCACGAGAUUAUUUAAGUUAAAUGUUAUUACUCUGUUUUCGCAGUAAGUUUUCUUAGAAACUAAAAUGGUUUAAAAUGUUAUUUAUUAAUCUUGAUGAACCUAAAGUUUUAACACAAGUUUUUUUUUGUGUCUUUUCACUUUUGAAUCCCAAAAUGUAUUUACCUAAAUUUUUUUAGCUGGCAUUACAUUACAUCAAGUAAAGUUUAUUAUUUGAUUUGUUUGUUAGGAAUCAAGAGUUUAUUCCAAGCUAAAGCUGUAAUGGAGCCCAAGAAGGCUAAAGGAGACAUCACAGUAAGUGUUUAACUUUAUAUAUUCUUAGAGCUCCAUCACCUAUGAGAAAGAUGGUUUGAAGAGUUAGCCUGAGUCUAGAUUGAUUGUGGAAUAAUAAAAUACUUUAAUUUUUAUGUUGCACAGUCAGAGCUAAAAUAUGCUCUCUGUAACAUAAUAUUUUAACAAAAUUAAGCCCCUUUAGUGAAAUCUUUUGAUCUGUAUGUGAUAGUUUAAACAAUUGUUUUAUUUCUGUAAAGAUUCUUGUUGAUACCCACAACAACCGAGCCACUAUUUUGAUGAUGGGUGAAACCAAGGAGAUACUUUUCCAUCAUGACAUAAAUGCCUUGAAAGUGGAGCCCUCUUUUUUGGCAUCAACCGUCAUCUGGACAGGAACCAAAGUCGGCUCAGUGGACCGUGAAAAGAUAACUGUGAAUCUGGAUUCAUCGAGCCUGGCGGCACAACUUAAAGAAGUAAGUUCACUUUACCACGUGAUUUAUUGCCCUCCAACAACAGCAUCAUGUCUUUGGAGUCUCAUAAUUGGUACAGUUAUUCAGCCUAAGUUGGAUUUCAAAACAUGGCUUUAGAGAGAAAAUUUUGUAAAGUUAUUCUUCAUUGGAACCUUGAUAGAUAACAACAGAAAUAGAGGUUUGAAUUUUGUUAAAUAUUUGUAAAAAGAAGUCAUUGUUGAUUGGUUUAGUUUAUAAACUGGGAAUGCCAAAAAAAUCAUGUCAAUACUGUAAAUACUUGCAUUUAUCUCUAUGUAAAAUUUGAAUAUUUGUAUUUUUUAAUGUAUUUUUUCCCCCUCAGGCAAUCCAGAAAGCUACAGCUUUGAUACAAAUAAAAGUAUCUACUCCACAAGGUAAUGUAAAUCAGUAUUUUAUUUGCCUUUUAAAUACAAUGUGUGGAAUCUAUCGUGUACAGUUCUGGGUGGGAAGCCACGAUCAACUCAAGUUUUAAAAAAAAAGUUAACUAUUACCUAAUAUUUUAUCGUGGAAUAAUCGGUGAGGUAGAAGUAUAAUUUUAUCAAGAUGUCCAAAGAACCACUGUCAGAUCCAUGGAAGCAUAUUAUAUGAAAAAUGAGCAUUUUUCAUCUGCCAUUGUAGAGCUACCUAAGCCUAGCUUUCCUUUUUAAUCUAAUGUGAAUUUUUUUUUCUCCAUUUUUUUCUUAACAGCCACAACAGCAGCUAGUAUUUUCAGCACCACGCCAGCACCUGUAACUGUUAGCAGUCAGGCCGGAAACCAGGAAGCAGCUAAACCUGUUUUUGGGGGCUUCACGUUCAGCACCACUCCAACAAUAACUCCGGUGGUUGAUAAGCCAAAAGUGGAUGCCCCUGUCACAACAUCAGGUAGAGAAAGAAAUGCAUUGGGCUUGAGUUAUAGAAAAACUAAAUUUUACUUUAGAUUUCAUUUUGUACUCUAUUCUGUUUUUUUUUUUUUUUUUUUUUUUUUUUUUUUUGUUUUUUUUUUUUUUUUUUUUUUUUUUUUUUUUUACUUGGCCUGGCAAUAUUGAAUUUUAUAAAUGUGGAAAAAAUUUCACUCAACGCUAUUAGUGAAAAACAUGUUGAGAAGGGGGAGGGCUGGUUGGGAAAAGGAAGCAGGACUCACCAGAAGCAAAAUAUCUAUAAGAGAUAAUUAUUUUAGUAAACCAUAAAUGCAUUUGCCUUAAAAAUAGUUUUAAAUAAAAUAAAUGUGUGGCAAAUGUACAACUUGUAUAUUUCCCUAGUAGCAAAAGAUGACAAACCUAAACCGUUUGCUGGAUUUUCCCUGACAACAUCAUCCAAGCCAGAUGUUAAGUUCUCCUUGGAUGCCACAGCAGAUACACCCAAGCCAGGUAUGUCAUUUAUCGGUCAAAAAUUUUUGUUCCUCAAUUCUUUUUUAAACACUCCCCCCAUAAUUGUGUAAAAGGAUGAAUAUAUAAGGGACAAGCCGUUUGAAGUAAAUAAAUGGUGGGAACAAGAUAUGAUUAGGCUUGAAAAUGAAGGCGAGACAAAUUGUCUUGUCUUUGUAUUGUCUUUUAUUUUGAAGUCAAAACAUAUCUUUUUCCACUAUCUAUUUAAUAAUUAUGUCCUGUGAACAAUAACAGGCUGACUCUUAAUCAGAGCAAACCAGGGCUUAAUCACACUAUUCUUUUUAGGGAUGUUAAAGAUUCAGUAUAAUCCUUUUAUCAGUCAUUUUUCAAAUUUAUCAAUCAUGGCUUUUUUGUGUUGCUCUCGAAGAUAUUACACAGUUUAAUAAAAUAUUGGAUAUUUUAUGGAAUGCCAUACAUUGAAAUAAAAUUACAGACCAAAACCAAACUAAAUGAAAUGAUAUGUCACAUUAAAAAAUGGCGUCAGCGGGCCGUGGAGCUUAUAGCUUUUUAUGUCCUCCCCAAAGCGCACACCCCCCCAAGCCCUAGUGAAAUGAUAUAAAUAUUUUGAUUAUCUUUUAACAUCCUAAAAUUUAGUUAUAAUAAAACUUCUGAAUUUAAUUGUAGCCAAAGCUCCAACAUCAUUUACCAAGCCAACACCUGGAGCUGGACCAAAGAGUCCUGGUGUUGUGGCCAAGAGUCCUGGAGGUGGAGAUGAUGAUCAUGUGGAGGAGUAUGAGCCAAACAUAGAUUUCAAGCCAGUCAUUGCACUGCCCGAGCUGGUGGAUAAAAAAACUGGAGAAGAAAAUGAAACUGAGGCAAGUUAACAGUAUUAAAACCUUGUUUUGCUCUCAGCUACUCUUUUUCUGCAAUGUGAAGAGAUUACGAAAUUAAUGUAUGUUUCUCUCUCUUACGUAUAAAAUGAUUUUGAAUAAAUAUGUUUCAAUAGAUCUUUGUAGAGAGGUGUCGUCUUUUCCGCUUUGACCCCGAGAUCAAGCAAUGGAAAGAAAGAGGAGUUGGGGAAAUGAAGAUACUCAAGAGUAAAGAUCAAGUUAAAUUCAGGAUUAUAAUGAGAAGAGACCAGGUAUAUAUAGUGUUGUUUAUGUAGCACCUAGAGACCAGGUAGAUAUAGUGUGGUUUAUGUAGCACUAAGAGACCAGGUAGAUUUAGUGUGGUUUAUGUAGCACCUAGAGACCAGGUAGAUAUAGUGUGGUUUAUGUAGCACUAAGAGACCAGGUAGAUUUAGUGUGGUUUAUGUAGCACCUAGAGACCAGGUAGAUAUAGUGUGGUUUAUGUAGCACUAAGAGACCAGGUAGAUAUAGUGUUGUUUAUGUAGCACCUAGAGACCAGGUAGAUCUAGUGUGGUUUAUGUAGCACUAAGAGACCAGGUAGAUAUAGUGUUGUUUAUGUAGCACCUAGAGACCAGGUAGAUGUAGUGUGGUUUAUGUAGCACUAAGAGACCAGGUAGAUGUAGUGUUGUUUAUGUAGCACUAAGAGACCAGGUAGAUGUAGUGUUGUUUAUGUAGCACCUAGAGACCAGGUAGAUGUAGUGUUGUUUAUGUAGCACUAAGAGACCAGGUAGAUGUAGUGUUGUUUAUGUAGCACCUAGAGACCAGGUAGAUAUAGUGUGGUUUAUGUAGCACUAAGAGACCAGGUAGAUGUAGUGUGGUUUAUGUAGCACUAAGAGACCAGGUAGAUGUAGUGUGGUUUAUGUAGCACCUAGAGACCAGGUAGAUGUAGUGUGGUUUAUGUAGCACUAAGAGACCAGGUAGAUGUAGUGUGGUUUAUGUAGCACCUAGAGACCAGGUAGAUGUAGUGUGGUUUAUGUAGCACCAAGAUGUUAAGAUGAUACCUUAUGUUUUACUAACAAUUGAAGUUUUUUGCUUCUCAUUGUAUUACAAUUCAAAAGCCCCUAAUUGAGUAUUUAAUAACGUGUAGGCUUUAAAUUUGUGGUUGUUUAAUUAACGUUACAAGUGCCUUAGUCUAAAUAGUUUCACUUUGCUAUUCUCGAAAUGAAACCUGUUUACAAAUCAUCUUUUCAUGAACUUCAAUGUUCUCAUUUUUUCUCUUAGAUUUUCAAGCUUUGUGCCAACCACUUUCUCAAUUCUGAAAUGCGCCUGACUCCCAUGGCCUCCUCUGACCGGGCCUGGUGUUACUCUGCAAUGGACUUCUCUGAAGAAGAGAUGAAGGCAGAACAGCUGGCCGUUAAAUUUAAGACUGCGGAGAAGGCCUCAUCUUUCCAGGUUGUCUUUGAUGACUGCUGCAGACAGCUGAAAGAAGAAAAGAGCAAAGUUCAUGACGGCGGGGAGACUGCCAAGGAUAAAAGUAUGUUGGGAUCAAUAGGACAGUCAAAGAAAACAUAAAAUUUUAGUUGAAAAUUUGGGGCUUUGUGAAACUAGAAUAUGUGAUUUGUUGAAGUAAAUGUUACCAGUAACUAGUACACCUUAGAACAGUUAUUAACUAGAACACCACCUUAGAACAGCUAGUAACUAGAACACCACCUUAGAAUAGUUAGUAACUAGAACAUUACCUUAGAACAGUUAAUAACUAGUAUACCUUAGACCUGUUAGUUACUAGUAAACCUUAGACCAGUCAGUUACUAGUAUACCCUAGUAACUAGUACGCCUUAGACCAGUUUUCCCAUACUUUUAAGUUGGGCAGAUGUGUGGACAAGUUUCCACUGAAUCUGGGACAAAUUUAUUAUUUUUCUUUUAUUAGACUUAAGUAUAUUGUAAAAUUCUAUAGGACUCUAAUACUAUAUAGUGUUAUUCAAUAGUUUUGUGGUUAUGUCUGUUUAAAAUGUAAUAUUAGUUUAACAAUGUGAUAACUUUUAAAAUAGUUGACCGCUGCAUUUUGGUAAAGUUAUUUUGUAAUUUUGAAUACUUAAUCAUUAAUACAGUUUAUAUUAAUGUGCGGUCAUUUUCUAUUAAGAUUUUAUUCCUUUUCUUUUAUAAACUAAUCCUGAAUAUUUUAUUACCUUAUUGCAUUUUAUUAAAAUUUUCUCCAGCCGAUGCAGUUGUUAGCGGGUCAGAGAAACAAUUCGUUAAAACUGAACCAUCCACAUCUGGUACUAAAAGCCUCAGUGAAAUGUUUAAACCAAAAGCUGGCAGCUGGGAAUGCCAAGGCUGUUACAUCAGAAAUAAUGAUGAGGUCCCGAAAUGUCCAGCUUGUGGCACUCUCAAACCUGGUGGGAAGGUAGCACCGGCUGCCUCAGGACCACCUGCUGCCUCAGCACCAUCAGCUACUACAAAAUCUUUGAGUGAGAUGUUCAAGCCCAAGGUUGGUAGCUGGGAAUGUGACGGCUGUUUAGUCAGAAACAAUGAAGACGUCAUCAAGUGUCCGGCAUGUGGGACCCUGAAACCUGGCGCCAAGGCUGAGGAUGUUUCUAAAACUGUCACUGGUGGGGGCUCUUUUGUAGCAGGCGUUGCCGCUGGUCCCCCAGGUAUAAUGUUUUGAAUAAUAAAUCAAUUCUAAAAUUGUUCCGACCAAUAUUUCUUUAUGGCAAUGGGGAAAAUGUAUUUACAUGUGGUUAAUUAAUUUUGAAAAAAUGAUAUAAAUUUCUUUCAAACUUAAUAGGCUGUAUAUUUUAUCCUCAGGAUCUGGCUUCAAAUUUGGUGCAGCCUCCAAUGUUAUGCCCACAACGGGGGGAUUCAGUUUUACAUCUCCAGCAAGCACUGCUCCUCCGUCUUCAGGAUUUAAGUUUGGCACUCCAGCAGCAUCUGCGCAAACAACCAACACCACUACGGCACCCGCAAUCGGUUUCAAUUUUGGCACCCCUACAACAUCUGGAAAAACAAUUAAUGCUGCCGCAGCCCCCACGGGAGGUUUCAUUUUUGGAGCCCCGGCACAAUCUGCACAAACGACCACCGCCAGUACUGCACCCACAGGAGGUUUCAAAUUCGGCACCCCAACAACGUCUGCACAAACGACCACCACUAGUACAGCCCCCACAGGAGGUUUCAAAUUUGGUGUUCCCACAACAUCAGCCUUGACAACUACAGCAACAACCGCACCCACCGGAGGUUUCAAAUUUGCAAUCCCUGCCACUUCUGCUCCAACGGCUUCAAGCACUGCACCUGCUGCAGGGUUUGGUUUUAAAACUGCGACAUCUGGUGUUGUUCAAAAAGCUGACUCUACUUCAGAUGCUCUUAUCAAACCAUCUCUUGGGGCAUUUUCUACCAGUGCCACAGCAGCAGCAUCUUUUUCCUUCUUCCCUGCCACCACAGCCGGCAGCUCAAACAUCUUUGGUACCCCAAAAACAUCCACCACCCAGGGCUCCUCACUUGACAACACUCCCAAGCCUAACAGCUUCUUAUUCACAUCCACACCAAUUCAAGGUAAAGAUGCUGCUAAGCAAGCCGGCACGUCAGGGCUUCUAGCCAAACUGCUGACAUCAGAUGACUCAUCUUCAGAGACCCCUGCAAAACCCCAAGGUGAAACAAAUUAUGUUUAAAAGAUAAUUUAUGUUCCUAGUUCUUUUUUUUUCAACACACCAUUUCUGCUUUUCCUUGCCGUGCGCUUACUUUGGUCGUGAGUGGUAUGCUUUUUCUCUGAGGAUUUAGCUCCAACAGUGAGUCGGCCAUGUCAUAAUACAGGAGCCUUAGGAAGAGUCUCUCAUGAAUCAAGGUCAAUGUCCAUUGAUUUGAGUAAAGCUUUUAAACAGUCCUUGAAGUGUUUUUUCUGUCCACCGGCUGAGCAUUUCCCACUGGAGAGUUCACAGAAAAAAAUUAGCUGUAUGAGAAGUCUGCUGUCUGUCAUUCUUGCAACAUGCCUUGUCCAUCUGGCUUGUACUUUUUGCAGCAGCGUGUGGAUGCUGAUACAAUCGGCCUUGAUACAAGUAUUUGCUGCAUUUUCAGUUCCGAUCUUGUAUUUAUGGCACAGUCAUCAGCAAAUAAGAGAUCUUGAAUAACCCUUUCUUUAACUUUCCUAAUGGAUUGCAGUCUCAUAAUAUUUUAGAGCCCUCCGUCUGUCCUUUAUCUUAUAGGAGUGCUGUCAUUAUUGUUGAGAAUACCAUCAAUCAGCAUUUCUGAGAAUACCAUGCUAAAAAGUGUUGGGGUUGGAGAAUACAGAGUUGUUUUGCAGGAAAAGCCACAGACUCAUUUCCAUAAUCCAUUACCCUGGCUAUCAUCAUAAAUACUAUCAUGGAGUUGGCGUAGUAUUGUAAUAAAUCUACUCAAGCAGCCAAACUCCUCCAUCAUAUUCCACGGGCCAUCUCUACCCACUGAGCCAAAUGUUGUGUAAAACUCUGAAAACUUGUAAAAAUCUAUAUCAUUAGAAUUGAAAACUGAAUUUUUCUUUUCUUUUUUCUUCAUGUCAGCUGGUUUCAAUUUCACCAUGUCAAAUAAAUCCAGUGCACCUUCCACUGACGUAACGGCAACCAGUACCACACCAGGGUUCCAGUUCUCAUUUACCAAGUCACCUGUUAAAACUCAGCAGGGCCCAGCGGUCCCAAACUCACCUGAAGUUGAUGAGCAUGGAAUGUAUGUUAACAAGGAGGGCGAUGACUCUCACAUACACUUUGAGCCAGUUGUCGUCCUUCCUGACAAGGUUGAGGUAAUUAUUUAUUUUAUCUGAAAGAAUAAUUUUAGCAAAUCCUGAUCAGGGAACAUCGUUUUACAAUUUAUUGGUACGCAUCUGAUCAUUAAAUUAUUUCUUCUUAGGUAAAAACUGGCGAGGAAGAAGAAAACAUUCUGUUUGAGGCACGUGGUAAGAUGUACAGAUUUGUGUCCGGUGAAUGGAAGGAAAAAGGAGUUGGUGUUGUCAAGAUACUGGAACACAAAGAGACUAAGAAGACCAGAGUCCUGAUGAGAAGAGAUCAGGUAAGCAGUCUUUCCAUUCUGUCAGUUGCACAAAUCCCCUGAGAAAGUUUGACACAAAUCACCUGAGAAAGUUUGACACAUAGCAAAUAAGAAAUAGUUUGAUAGGAAGAAAAAAUGUUAAGGUUUCUGGAUAAAUGGAUGAGUGAAUUACAAAGCAAGGAGACCCUUUUGCCCAUUACCUACAAAGAAUUGUCAUAUUUUGUCUAAGUUGUUUAUCUUAAAUGUUUUUAUCUUUAUGUAGUUUUACAACCAGGAACAACUUAUAUUAAUAAUAUUAUCAAGGACACGAAGCACUCAACGCUCCAUAAUCACUUACCCCAAUUUUAAACCUCUCUGUUAAAAAAAAUAAUAUUUGAUCUCUUCUGAUUGAGGCAGCAACAGGUUAAUAGAAAUAAAACCACUGUAAUCUUAAUUCAAAUAGAAAACUGUAGCAGUAAAUCUGGAUGUGGUAUUUCUUUGUCACUCUGACACAGGUUUUGAAGAUCUGCUGUAACCAUAAGAUAGAGCCUGCCCUGAACUUACAGCCCAUGGCUAAAAGUGAAGGGAAAGCCUGGGUGUGGUACGCACUCGAUUUCACAGAAAGUGAAGGACGAAUGGAACAACUUGCACUGCGGUAAGUGUCAAUGAAGAGUUUGAUUUUAAAAAUGAGACAGGAUUGUUGUCCGAUAUUUGAAAUGCAUUUCAUGUGAGAUCACUGAGUUCCACAAAAUUCAUCAUGUCAAGCAGGAUGUCACAUUUAAUGUUUUUGCCAGGGCACAAUUUCAAAAUGUUGGACUAUCCAUGUAGGUAAUGAGCUUUGAUCAUGUCUAUGUUCAGAUGUACUUGUUAAUUUCUACCACGACAAGAAGGGCAACUGUUAGUUUGAUGUACUUGUUAAUUUCUACCAUGACAAGAAGGGCAACUGUUAGUUUGAUGUACUUGUUAAUUUCUACCACGACAAGAAGGGCAACUGUUAGUUUCAAUAUGGUCAAAUGUUUUCAAUGUAUCCAUGGGACAUUGUUAAUGACUUAUUGUGGACCUCUAUCUUUACUCUACAUUUGCCACUACCCAUAGGCAUAAGACCUGUAACUUUUCAUUUAAACUAACUUUUCAAAAAUCUUUUAUGCAGAUUCAGAACAGUAGAUAUAGCCAAUGAGUUCAAAAAUGUUUUUGAGAAAUGCCAAAGCAAAUCCAGCCCAGCUAAGCCUGCUUCAGAUGAGCACGUUCCUCAGAGACAAGUGAAAAAAGAACUGUUUGAAGGUAUUUAGGCAUUUAUACACCCAUGAUAACUGAGCAACUGAAAUGAUUGUUACAAAGGCCUGUAUCAUUGGUUCUCAGUCUUUUUUCGGCCACUGCCCCUUUGAACCAUAAACCCACGCAAGUUUCAGCUCAAUAGGUUGACGUAAAUUGGGUCACUUGGCCAUCCAAAGAUUUUCUUAUGUGACAACAACCAUCUAAACAGUGUUCAAUAUUUUGUUAAAAUAUGUUAAUUAUAAUUGAAGAUUGUAUUCCUUAUUUAUUUUCCCCAGACCCCACUGUCCCCUUUGGGCGUCCCGGUACCACCUCUCCCGGGCCUUAUUCAGAAUCACUAGUCUAUGUCACUGUUUGAUUAAUAGAGUGCUCAUCCUUUGCUUGCAUAUUUUUUAAUGGAAAGGAAGAGAUGAUGCCAAUUAGAAAUAAUAGACAAAAUCAUAUUGGUUUGUUGAAUGAGAACAAAUGACGUCAAGUAACCACAUUACAUUAAGACUUUCUAAGGUUCAUUACAAUAAAACUCCUCUGCUUUCUAGUUGUUUGUGGGGGCUCUACCACUAUGACUGUCAUCACAUUUGACCGCUGUUGGUUUGUAACUUUAAACAUUACAAUAAAAAUCCUCUGCUUUCUAGUUGUUUGUGGGGGCUCUACCACUAUGACUGUCAUCACAUUUGACCACUGUUGGUUUGUAACUUUAAACAUUACAAUAAAACUCUUCUGCUUUCUAGUUGUUUGUGGGGGCUCUACCACUAUGACUGUCAUCACAUUUGACCACUGUUGGUUUGUAACUUUAAACGUUUAGUCUCCUGGUGGCGUGUACAUUUCUGAAAACAACUCAAGUUCUAUGAUUUAUGUUGCAAAAUAUUUCCUUCGUCACAGCAGCAGAUGAUGAUGAUGAUGUCAUCUUAGUUGGUGAGGAUAAACCAACUCCUGAACAGAUUGCGAAGGCCAGACAAUUUCUCCUCCCUGACGCGUUCUACCUGUAUGAGAAGAAACCUGCGUGUCCAGGAUGUUUGGGUUGCCAUGAUGGGGAAGCUCCUCCCAGUGCCCCAGUCAGUAAAACCACUGUGUCAACAAAGAAAUUAAAAGGUGCACAGCAGAGAGAAUACGUCUUAAUUAGUUAUUCAUUUAUUUUAAAAUCUAUAUAUUUAAAUAUUUUGCGUAAUUAUAAUGCUAUUUUCCAUGUUCAUGCCCAAUAUUGAUCAGUGUGGCUUAUAGUUUAACGUGUCAAAAUAUAAUAAAUUUUCAGAAACCCACAGAACUGAAAUGCCAGCACAACCCACAUUUGGGUUUGGGAAUUCUGGAAACCUACCAGACUUUGCCAGCUUGACGUCAGACACACCUGCUGACAAGGACGGGGGCAGUUUUGUGUUUGGGGCCAAGACCACUGUGGACUUCUCCAGCUUGGCAUCCAAAACCAAUGCCCAGGAUUUCACAUGGAAGAAAUGUAAACAGAAAUAUUUUUUAAAAAUACACUUUGUUUUUUAAUUGGAUGACAUGGUUGCAACAUUUUGUCAACUUGCCAUUAAGUCUAUCAUUUUAUUCUUCACAUUAUCUCAGAAUAUUGUUUAUCACGGAGACUUUUUGAAUAUUCAGGGAACUUUUUAUUUCAUUAAUAUGGGAGAAAAAAUUAAUUUAAGAUGGGUUUUUUUUUUUAUGCAUUCUUUUGGUUUUGAUCCACAGCAGACUCGUCGGCACCCUUUAAAUUUGCCGGAGCUGGUCAAAGAUUGUUUGGUGCAGGUGGUGGUGGAUCAGGGGGUGGGGAUCAUGAAGGAGAGGAUGGGGAUGACAGUGGGGUCACACCAAGUGAUGAUAUUCACUUUGAGCCGGUCAUACCUCUGCCUGAUUUGGUGGAAGUGAAAACUGGUAAGGUAACUCGUAACUCGAGGAUGAAAUCUUAAAAAUAAUUUUAGGGCUUUGCCUCGAUUCAAGUAACUAAAUACAUUUAUUUUCUGUACAAUGUGUUGCCCGUCUAAAGAGUUGUGUUGGGAAGUAAGUGUGUAGCAGCUGGGUAGGAGGUGUGUGGCAGCUGGGUGGGAGGUGUGUGGCAUCUGGGUGGGAGGUGUGUGGCAGCUGGGUGGGAGGUGUGUGGCAGCUGGGUGGGAGGUGUGUGGCAUCUGGGGGGAGGUGUGGGGCAGCUGGGGGGGAGGGGUGUGGCAGUGCUGGGUGGGAGGUGUGUGGCAUCUGGGUGGGAGGUGUGUGGCAUCUGGUGGGAGGUGUGUGGCAGCUGGGUGGGAGGUGUGUGGCAGCUGGGUGGGAGGUGUCUGUCAUCUGGGUGGGAGGUGUGUGGCAGCUGGGUGGGAGGUUCAAUGAAAUAAAAUCUUGAUUGAAAGGAUUGUAAGAGACAUAUAUCCCUAUUGGCCAUUGUUUAUAACAGUCUCUUUUGGAUUUUCACUAUUUCAGGUGAGGAGGACUGGAAAGCAUUGUUUUGUCAAAGGGCAAAAUUGUACAAGUUUGACACUAAUUUAAGUCAGUGGAAAGAAAGGGCCAUUGGUGAGAUGAAGAUCAUGAGCCACAAUACUAAAAGUGAGUAUCUCUAUCAUAGCUCUGUACUAUGAACAUUUUAAAUGUUUAUUGUUCAUCAGUCACACAAAAGAAUAAUAGUUGUGAAUAUCUGUACUGACUUCGCUGUUUACGCAAGGGGUUUGGCAUAGGGCGGCAGGGGGAAGUUCCUGAUACAGAAGUACACCAACAGGCUGGCCUAUUCAGCAUCCAUGUGUUCUACAUAAAGGUCAAGCCAGAUGGACUGCCUAAACAACUAAUGUACAGUGAACUAUCCCGAGGGAAAUGCUCAGCUGGUGGGAAGAAGAAUCAUUUCAAAGAAUGCCGAAAGGUGUCCUUGAAAUCCAUGGACAUUGACCUGAACUCACAUGAAACACUUGCUUUGGAUAACACAGGCUGGUGAAGCAGAGUCACUAUUGGAGUAUUCUCUUCUGUUAAUGUACCACACACACCUAAAAGUGCACUGCAAGGAAAAGAAACAAUACAACAAAGAAUAUAGAACAUGUGUUUCCUACACGCCGGCAAGCUUUACAGGUUCAAAUAGGACUAUCAGGCCACCUGUGUGCCCACUGUCCUUUUUAGCCUUGGUCAUCAAUAGAUGCAAAGGACAAACAACAAAACAGAACCAUGGGUUAAAGAACAAGAGAAACCAAAAUUUCAUUUUAGGAUAAUGCAUAGUUUCAUGAUAUGACAAAUUAAAUACCAGUAUUUUAAAAAAAAUUACUUUAACAUGUAUCUGAUUUGGAGAUUAGCUGCUGCUAAUUGAGUGUAUGAGAGGAAACAAUAGGAUCAAACUAAGACCUUCCAGAUCUUUACUUCGUUUCGUCAUCAUCAUUUGUCCUGUGAGUUCCUUAUGGAACAUGGGGCCCUUAUCAAAGCACGCCACUUUUCACAGUCCCUUACCAGUAUUUUUAGUUCUUCUCUACUUAGGUGAUUUUUAAACAACUUCACAUCGCUCCCCUCCCCACCUUUUUUUUUAAUAUAGAAGAUUCUAAUAGGUAAAUAAAAAAACAAAACUAGAAAUGCUUGGGUCAUUGUUUUCACGAAAGUAGUAGUUAUCCGCAUACUUCCACCUUAUUUUUUUCAACAUUUGGCUACAGGGCGUAGAGGCGUAUUAAUUGGAGUGAUUGAUGUUUAGGAAUGUGCAGGAACUCAUGUGCAAAUGACAUGAUAUGCUUCUACCUGGUACACAGAGGAGAUCAUUGUUUUUUAAAACUUUGUUUUCAUUGAGACAGGAAGGCACGUAAUGAAAUUCAUGUUAGCAAAAUUGAGAGUUUAAAUUAAUGAAAUUGUUCAUUCAUUCUCAGCUAUGUUCAGAAUACUACAGCGUAGAGAACAGGUUCUCAAAGUGGCUUGUAACCACCUCAUCUCAGUUGACAUGGAACUAAAACCCAUGGCCACGUCAGAAACAGCUUGGUGCUGGAUAGCAACAGACUACACUGAUACAGAACCAAGUGUUGAUCAGUUUGCCGUCAAAUUCAAGGUAAACUCACAGACUAAACUCACAGUCAAGCUUUAGAAAUUUUGAACACAUUUUUUUAUAUUUAUUUUUUUAAUUUUUUUUUUAGGGGAUGAAUAAAAUAGUUAAAAUUUGAAGUUGAACUUCAUUUCUGAGUAUUGAUAGUAAAGUUACACUUUUUAUACACUGUAUCAGUGCUUUAAACACAUAUUCCCAUUCAUUAUAAUCUAGAGAAAAGUUUCUGGAGUUAAAAAGCAUGUAGACUUUUUCUGUUACCUUCUCUGAUUAAUUUCUAGACCUCGUUCAUGGAGCAAAACUAAAAGCCCAAUGGGGCAGUCAGUGUAUGAUCUAUCACAAUUGGACUUUCUGUUGAAAAAAAUGAAACCUUGUUCUCUAUGAGUUUUGUAAUACUUCUAACAAUAUUUAUCUUAAAUAUUGGCAUAUUGUAAAACAAGUUCUCUAUGACCUGAAAUCCUUAUAAGCUAUGCAAAACUUCUCAGCUGUGAAAGCUGCUUGGUUACCACUCACUAUUAUUGAAUAGAUUACUUUAGUAUUAGCCCUGACAAUUGGAAUCAGGAAAUUUGUUUGAAAGAAAUUUCGUUGCCGGAAAAUUGAUAGGAAAUUUGAUUGAUCAGAAUUUUGAUCCGUUCAAUCAAAUUUCCGUCAAUCAAUUUUCCAUCGACAAAAUUUCUUUCAAACAAAUUUCCGGAAACCCUGAAAAUAAUUACAAUGUACAAUUGUAGGUCUACAUGUGGAAGAAUGUGUAAUUUGACGCUAUUCAUUUGACAGAUGAAAUUUAAACUAUUUUUUUUUGGUAAUUUAAAUCUAAAUAAAGAAUCAAGUUUUGAUCAAUGUAAAUGUUGGCUAGUGGAUAGAAAUGAAGAGAAAUCUAAACAAACCUUUUCUUGUAACAUUAAAUAAUUAGUGUCUUGAAAUGUAAAUAACAGUGGUCUUAAUGCAUUUCCUCACAUCUCGUAUGUUUCAUAUAUAAGAAAAAUCUAAAUUAUUUCAUAUGUUAUAAAAACAAAAAUUAUUUCUUAUUCAACAAAAAUGAAAAAUUGACCCCAGGCAUAAUAAUAAUAAAAUCUAACUUUUCUCUUCUUCACUGGUUUGCAAGAUUGCGAAAACACUUGAAAAAUUUAUUACUAGAUUUUAAAAAUUAGAAGUUAAGCCAAAACUGAAUUUUCUUUAUUGUCAAAUAUAAAUAUAACACCAGUAAUGACAAAUAAAUAGGUUUGUAUUAAAUUUUAAAAAUAAUGAAAGCUUUUGGAGCAUUGGCAUGACUUGCUAAACAUGUUCAAGACUGAUUUUUUAAUUUUCUUUUCCUCUGAGAGAUAAAUGUAUUUUCAUUUCUUCUGCAUUGCUCUUUAGAACAAGGACAUAGCAGCUGAGUUCAAAGAAAUAUUUCAAAAUUGUCAAAAGAAACUUGCAGAACCAGGUAGGUUAAAAAUAUAGCUCAAAUUAAAUCUUAAAUAAUGGAAAAGAACUGAUUACUGCUUUUUGUGUGGGGCUUCUGCUAUGAGUAAAACAAAUAGUAAUGGGUGAAACACUGUUGCAGACCUGUUUACUCUUCCAAUUUUGGCGUACAAUCUACGAUUUUGAGAUAUCUUUUACGUUUGUACUUUAAGACCUGUCAGAGCUACGAUUUUAAGAGACCAGUUUGAAAAUAGUCUGGUAGUAUUUCUGAUUUAAAAAAGAAUUUUAAAGUACAUUUUCGGUUAUUUAUUAUUUUGAGCUUCUUUCUAAAUCCAGCGGUGAAUGGAUCGACAAGUAAUGAUUGGUUUUUGGGACCAUCUAUAAUUAUAUUAUGUUUGGCCUGAAAGGUGAUUUUUGUCUGGGGGGUUGGGGGGGGGGUGUCUAAAUAUUUAUAAUUUAUAACAACACCACCACAACUUUUUCGUAAUGAUGGUCAUAUUGUUGCUAUGUGUUUUCAUAACGAACUCACUAGACAUGGCAACAGUAAAAUCAACCUAGUUGCCCUGGUGAAAAUUUUAGUAAAUCCUCUAUGCUUCUGUGCAUAUGACCUAAUUUUGUGACAUUUCGUUCCGUAUGUUCACCUAAAUAUUAAUUGACAUCUAUAGAUAGUAGAUAUACGUCUGCAAAACAAAGUGACUUCAAACUGCAAUGUAAUUUAUAUUAUAAACAUCGGUCAUCUGCUUUUGGAAAUUACCUUUUUAUACAUGAGCGUAACACAAUCCCACAAGAGACUCGAUGCGAGUAGUUAUUCUAUACAUUAUAAAUAAUGUAUGUUUAUAUAUUUACUUUUAAGAUACAGUAUUGUACCAUUAUGAGAUGAUAUAUUAUGGUUUUAGGAGUUUGAGGAUAAACAGGUCUACUGUUAUGGAAAUUAUGGAUUUUUUUUUGCAUAAUGUAAAUGUUUUAUACAAUGGUGUUACAUUAUUAACCCUAUAACUGUCAUUAUGGUCCAUUAGCCGUUACUCCCCUCAAAAUGUAUUCAGAAACAAUGGCGAAAGACAGUCCCAUUAUCUAUAAUAAAAUGGUGUAUUAAAAAUCUUAAUUUUUGUUUACCCCCUUUGGACUCAUGGAAACACCAUUCAGAUGACAUACAGCUCGAGUUGCAUUUUUGUUUUUGUGAUUUAACCAAAGAGAGAAAAUUUUGUAUAAUUAGCUGUACCACUUAGAGACAUGUCAUUUCUACAAUUGAAAUCUACAAGUGUAAGGUAUUUUAAAUGCUUCAUUUUAAAUGAGGUGAUGAAAUUACACACAAGGCUCUCCUCCCUUGACAUUGUUCGAAGAUGUCAGGCUGACUGCUGUGUCAGACCCAUGUUUUAAUAGUCUUGUGGAUUUCAUUCAUUAUUUUAAUUUUUAUAAUUAAUUUAUACUUGGGGUUGUGCUCAUUAAAAUUUUCAUUGCAGACCUGGUUUAGCCAUGGCUUUGAAAGUCAUGUCAUGUGAUGCAUGGUUUUGUUUUUUUUUUUCUUCUAAAAUUAAAUGUGAUUUGAACUUGAAAUGAAUUAGUUAGCAUCACAUCAUAAUGAAAUAGGUGUCUACUGGUUUCAGUAAGUAAGCUCAGAUUUUCUAACAAGUCAUAAUAAAAUAGGUCAUCUACUGCAGCAUUUCCCAAACUUUUAAGUUUCACGGACCGGUGGACAAGUUUCGAAACUGCACAGAGGACCGAUGCCAGAUUUAUUAAUUACAUUUUCUUUCUAUUUAAACAUCAAUAUUCAUGCUCUCUGGACCGGUAACGAAAGGCUUGUGGACCGGUGCCGGUCCAACUACCGUUUGGGGAAUGCUGAUCUACUGGGUUCAGUAAAUGAGUUAAGAUUUUCUAACAAAUCAAAAUAAAAUAGGCCAUCUCCUGGGUUCAGUAAAUAAGUUCAGAUUUUCUAACAAAUCAUAAUAAAAUAGGCCAUCUCCUGGGUUCAGUAAAUAAGUUCAGAUUUUCUAACAAAUCAUAAUAAAAUAGGCCAUCUCCUGGGUUCAGUAAAUAAGUUCAGAUUUUCUAACAAGCUUAUGGCGCAUUGUUUGUUUGGUCUGUCAGUUUUGAUUUCUUUUAUUUAGUGAAGUCAACUGCUGUGCCAGCCAUGGCUGCCUCAAAAACUUUGAGAGGCAGUGUGGAGCGUUCAUUGACUCUGGACAUUGCGGAGAAAGACAUCAUUGUCCCAACCACUCAUACAAAUGUCAGUGCACUCGGCAACUUGUGGCGAACGAUGAAUCAAGUUUCUGUCACUGACGACAGUCAACAAGAAAUAGAAAGUGCUUCUAAAGAAGAUGUGAGGGGCAUAGUCGAAACAGAAGUAAUGGAAUCUUCUUAUUUGAAAAAGCUGGGAGACAAAGGCAACAGACAUCACACAAAAGCAUUAGAUGUUUCAGGACAAGAUGAAAUUGUACCUGCCUCUUACGCACCUUUGGGUGGAAAGUUAGUCAAUGAGAAGAGGUUUGAGGCUGGUAAUGUAACACCUCUGGGAGAUAAAGGCAACAGACAUCACACAAAAGCAUUAGAUGUUUCAGGACAAGAUGAAAUUGUACCUGCGUCUUAUGCACCUUUGGGUGGAAAGUUAGUCAAUGAGAAGAGGUUUGAGGCUGGUAAUGUAACACCUCUGGGAGAUAAAGGCAACAGACAUCACACAAAAGCAUUAGAUGUUUCAGGACAAGAUGAAAUUGUACCUGCCUCUUACGCACCUUUGGGUGGAAAGUUAGUCAAUGAGAAGAGGUUUGAGGCUGGUAAUGUAACACCUCUGGGAGAUAAAGGCAACAGACAUCACACAAAAGCAUUAGAUGUUUCAGGACAAGAUGAAAUUGUACCUGCGUCUUAUGCACCUUUGGGUGAAAAGUUAGUGAAUGAGAAGUUUGAGGCAGGUAAUGUAACACCUCUGGGAGACAAAGGCAACAGACAUCACACAAAAGCAUUGGAUGUUUCAGGACAAGAUGAAAUUGUACCUGCGUCUUAUGCACCUUUGGGUGGAAAGUUAGUGAAUGAGAAAAGGUUUGAGGCGGGUAAUGUAACACCUCUGGGAGACAAAGGCAACAGACAUCACACAAAAGCAUUAGAUGUUUCAGGACAAGAUGAAAUUGUACCUGCGUCUUAUGCACCUUUGGGUGGAAAGUUAGUAAAUGAGAAGAAGUUUGAGGCGGGUAAUGUAACACCUCUGGGAGACAAAGGGAACAGACAUCACACAAAAGCAUUAGAUGUUUCAGGACAAGAUGAAAUUGUAUCUGCCUCUUAUGCACCUUUGGGUGGAAAGUUAGUGAAUGAGAGAAGGUUUGAGGCGGGUAAUGUAACACCUCUGGGAGACAAAGGCAACAGACAUCACACAAAAGCAUUAGAUGUUUCAGGACAAGAUGAAAUUGUACCUGCCUCUUAUGCACCUUUGUCUGGACAACAACCUCAGCCCAACCAUCCAGUAUGCCUGCCACUGCAAGGCAGUAUGGGCAACCCAUAUCAUACCCAAAUGUUGAAUGUCCUUGGUCAAGACACGAUAGCUUUUACCAGCAGCACACCAUUAGGUGAUAGAGGCAAUGUCUACCACACCAGGCUGCUGGACAGCGGGUUAACAACAGACUCUGGUAUGUUGAAUUAACCGUAGGCAUCUAAUCCAUCCUGUAUGCCUCAUUUAAAUACAGUACUAAAAGCUUGGCAUGAUCGCUAUGGGUGCCUUUAUGCAUUUAGCCAUAAGAAAACUUUCAUUUUACACCAUUCUUGAACUUGAUUAUUCUUGGUGAAAAAUUUCAAAUUUUUUCUGUCUUAUUUUGGACAUUUAAGAUUUUCGCCACUUUUUAUUUCCAUGAUAUUUCCAUGAGAUUGGGACAAAUAUAUUAAACUAUAAAAGCUUUCUUAAUUUAUUGCUUAUUGUGCCACGCUGAGUUUGGUUAGCGUCCACAGACUAGAAGUACUUCAUUUAGAUUUUUAAAAAAUUCUCUUGGGGAAAAAAAAAUUGUCUAGAAACUAAAUUUUUACCGGCCCAGCUUAGAACUGUUAUAAACUUGUCCCAGUUGGCUAACGCUGUUGUAGAUGUUGAAUGUACAACCCAUUUACAGUUAUGUGCUUGCUUUAAUAAAAAUAGAUACUGGAAGCUAUACACUUAUUAGGUCAUCUGUCUUUGUGAUUGCAUCUCAGCCAUCCCUGUACUUGAAGCUAUACACUUAUUAGGUCAUCUUUCAUUGUGAUAGCAUCUCAACCUUCCUGUACUUGAAGCUAUACACUUAUUAGGUCAUCUCAAAUGGUAAUGGCAUCUCAACCUUCCAGUUAAUUGAAACUAUACAAUGUACUUAUCAUUCAUUUUAAUGAAUAAUCUACCUUAUUGGAGCAUUGCUGUUGUAGACAAACAGGUAGAUACAUAUAUAUAUAUAUAUAUAUAUAUAUACUAUCUUUAAUGCUUUAACAACGUUUAACAAGUUUUCAUAAAGACUAUUGGGUUAAGCCUGAAUAAAGGACACAACAAAAAACCACAGCAAAUGUGUCAGCUAGUAGACAUAGUUAGGAUAAACCUUGCAACAUCUUAGUAAGUUAAUUUUGUUGACCUUUAGGACGGUUCAUUUUGCAAUUUAUCCAAAUAAUGAACACUGUAUAACCAAAACCUUGCCUUUUGUAAUAGUGUGAAGUGAACCUGUGGCCAUUUGUCUUCUCUGAUACCUCAGAUAUUACUGUAAGGGCCAUGUCAAUUUGUACUGUAAAAUUAUCGAUUGGUCUUAUGCUCCAAAUAUUACUGUAAGGACUUUCUGUGAGAAUUUAUGCCUCAAAUAUUACUACAAGCAUACGAGCUAGCUAUGAGAACUGAUAUCGCUUAUUUUACUGUAAGGGUCAUCUAUGAAUGACCCUUACAGUAAAAUAAGCGAUAUAGCUCUAAGGGCUAUGACAACUGAUCUUUUAUAUUUAAACAGUUCUGGGGUGAAAUAUGCUUUAUUUUUCAAAAUGUUAGCAUCAAUACUUAUUCUUUUCUUUUGUUGAAAUAAAUGGCUGUGAAAUUUUUUUUUUUAUGAUAUCUGUAGUGCAUGAUAGAAUUAUAUACUUUAUUGUCAUCACUUUGUGCUAAAAUACUUUUAGCUUCCCUACUUGUUAAUCAUCAUUAAAUUUGCUUCCUCCUUUUAUUAUUAAUAUAUAAUGAUAAUCAUCAUCAUUAUUCCAAUGAACACUAUUGUAUCAUUUAUUUGUUCACACCCUAUGUACGUUGCACCCUAGUGAAUUAUUGCUCAUUGAUCAAGUUUGCUGUAAGUACAAACUUCACCUCAUGGAACCAAUUGAAACAUGCUAAUCUUAGAGGAUUGAUUAUAUCAGAGUAUUUACCACGUAAUUAAUCGUAACCCAAGACGCGUGCCAUGUUUGAUACAGAAUUUAAAGUUACCUUAUUUAAAAAGGCUGAAAGAGGGCUCUUGACAAUACUUUGUUUUGGGUUCACAAAAUCUUUAGUAAUGGAGGUGUUUGUGUACAGAAAAUAUUUCAAAGAAUUGUGACAUGCCUUGGUUAGCACAUUCUGAUGGGCAUAGGUUAGCACAUUCUGGUGGGCCUAGGUUAGCACAUUCUGAUGGUCCUAGGUUAGCACAUUCUGGUGGGCCUAGGUUAGCACAUUCUGGUUGGCCUAGGUUAGCACAUUCUGGUGGACCUAGGUUGGCACAUUCUGGUGGGCCUAGGUUGGCACAUUCUGGUGGGCCUAGGUCAGCACAUUCUGAUGGACCUAUGUUAGCACAUUCUGGUCGGCCUAGGUUAGCACAUUCUGGUUGGCCUAGGUUAGCACAUUCUGGUGGACCUAGGUUGGCACAUUCUGGUGGGCCUAGGUCGGCACAUUCUGGUGGGCCUAGGUCAGCACAUUCUGAUGGGCCUAUGUUAGCACAUUCUGAUGGGCCUAGGUUAGCACAUUCUGGUGGGCCUAGGUUAGCACAUUCUGGUUGGCCUAGGUUAGCACAUUCUGGUUGGCCUAGGUUAGCACAUUCUGGUGGGCCUAGGUUGGCACAUUCUGGUGGGCCUAGGUCGGCACAUUCUGGUUGGCCUAGGUUAGCACAUUCUGGUUGGCCUAGGUUAGCACAUUCUGGUGGGCCUAGGUUGGCACAUUCUGAUGGGCCUAGGUCAGCACAUUCUGAUGGAGCAUAGGCUAGCACAUUCUGACACACCUGUAUAGUAUUUUUUGUAGAUUUUGAAUUUGGCUCUUAGUGUUUAGAUAUCUAUUUAUUUAUUAUUCUUUAUUUGUGUGUGGAAGUUGUAAAGUUUGUAUUAUAUCAAUUAUUAAAACUUUUUUGGGAUUAUCCUCACAUUUGUUCAGCUAUAUCUUUCUGUGAAUUCUGAUCAGAUUUAUGACAAUUAGUUUAGUGGGUUCAUUAGAGCACAUUUCAUAUUCCAUGUACAUUAUUAUUUCUUUACAUCUCUAGACUAAUGCAAACAUUUUACCUUAGAUUCAUUAAGGCUUUUAUAACCAUGUUUAUUCAAGUUAACAUAUAAACAUUUAUAAAAAAUACAAUAAAAAUGUCCACUUUUUAAUGUGCUCAGUUUGAAUGUGUUCAUUAAUAGUUAAUUCAAGUCUCCCUUUCGCUGUCAGUAAUUUUGAUCUAAGCAUACUAUUGUGGCAAUAUUGACAAAAUUAACUUAUCAUUAUAUGGUUGGUACAUUUCAUUGAGGUAAAAUUAUAUAUAUAUAUAUACAUUUUUAAAUACUUAUUUAUAUUUAAUACUGUUAAUAAAAAUCAUUAAUUGUGCAGUUUAUUGGCAUAAAACUUACGUACAGUGAUUCACAUUGAAUCUCCGAUUUAACAGAAACUUAAAUAGUUGACUGGACUUAGACCUGGUUUAGGCAGUGCCUGAACUUCCAUACAACAUAGCCAGAUUAUUUCUUAUACUAGUCAUAGUGCAUGUCAAAAUACGUAGGCGAAGGCAUUUUCAUUAAAAGACCAAUUAAAACAUUUUGUUUAAGCCUAAAAAAACCCACUGACAUAAAAAAAUUAAACCAUCUCCAGAUUUCAUAACUGAGCCUUGACCUAUUUUUCAGAUCUCCAAGGUCACCAGCAAGAGUAUUAUGAACAGGAGGAAGGGGAUGCUAAUGAUGAAGAGGAAGGUUAUGAAGAAGAUGAAGAGGAGGAUAAGAUCCUGUUUGAAAAGAGGACAACUCUGAGCUCUUUUGAGAAUGGUGUCUGGAAGGUGAGUGCUGAGAUUUGUUGAAAAACCAGUAGUUAAAUGUAAACAAAAGUUGUCAACCCAGAGGCUUAGCUAAGGGAGUCGGAGGGGGGGGGGGGCGGGCUAGAUGUCCCUGGGUGCCAGACUAGUUUGGGGCACCAAAAUGUGAUUUGAUAUUAUUUUAUUGAUGCAAAUAAUGGGUUGGAGAGUUGAAAAAAGAAUGGUAGGCUCUUUUAAAAUGAAUCUUGUCCCCGGGCGCCAAACACUCUAGCUACGCCUCUGUGUCAACCAUAAAGUAUUUACAACUGGUCAUUUUAAGCCAUCAGAACUGCUGGAAUAAACUACCAAGUAACUCUUCUAAGACUAUUGAUAUAAAACGUUUUCACUAACUACAUGUCUUUUCUCUGUCACAUAGACUAGUUACAAUGAAAUUUCCAAGGAAAUGUUAAUUUUGAAAGUUCAAUUUUAGUUGAUCUAUGAGGCUACCCUUAUGUGGGGAAACAUUUAUAGUUUUUUACCUACCAACCCUUCUCUCCUCCCCCCCCCCCCCCACUCUAUUUUUUAAAUUUUCAAGGAAAUUUUAAUUUUUAAAGUUCAAUUUUUUUUGAUCUAUUAGGCUACCCUUAUUUGGGGAAACAUUUAUAGUUUUUUCCCCACCAACCCUUCUCUCCCCCCCCCCCCCCCCAAUGCAUUUUUACUAAACUUUUGCCUUCUCAAGAUAUUUCCUUACAGGCCUUUGAUUUCAUCUCUUGUAAUUUAUAAACUAUAUAUAGUUUGAUGAAAAUGAAUAUCCAGAUAUUUGCUACUAAACAAAUCGUUUGCAGUCUAAAACCAGUUUUGCUGGAUUGAUUACUUUCUGAUGCUAUUUAAGGAUAUAAUAAUUUGUUCCUCAGAAACUUGGCCAGGGUACACUUGUAGUGACUUACAAUGAUGAUCUCAAUGGCAAUAGUGUACAUUUCAGCCUGGACAAUGGUGAUAAAUUAUGCAGCCAUGUUAUAUGCAGAGAGCACAAGAUAACACUGUGAGUUCCUCUGGUCAUUGUUCUGUAUUAACUAAGAUACAACAUAUUGUUAGGGCAGCGACCAAUCAUAAUUAUAGUUAGUACGCUACCGUUCUGGAACAGCAAUUUGCUAUUUAUCGGGUCUGGAUCAAAACGUUUAAUAUAUUUUCAAUUUUUUGCUUUCAUGUAUUUUUUGCCAAUUAGGGUUGUAGCACUUUGCAUAUUUCUGAUCAAUAAGCCACUUUCAUUGUUUUAUUUUUUUAAAGUUCUUUGCUUUGAAAUACAUAUUAGUAUUGUUAAUAAAUUUUACUGAUAUUAAAUAUUUUUUUUUAAAUUAAUGACAAUGAUAGAGCUACUAUUAAUUUUGGGUCGGGGGAGUUAUAGCAAUAACCGUGUGAAGCAAUCGUUCCUCUUAUUUCCAAACAUAGCUAGGGCUAUGCUACUGAGAAGCAUGUCACAUCAAAGGCUGGUGUUAUCCAAAUGUCAUCGCAAUAAGUGACUGGUGAAGUAGCCCCCUAGAAACUGGCUGCCAUAAAUUUUCAUAGGAGACACAAUUUUAUUCAUUCGAAAUUAUUUAUUUGAGAGUAAAAGAUAUUAUGGAAAAAAUUAUCAAUAAACUUACCCAUCUCUUCAUAUUCCAAAAUCUUAUUUAAAAUUUAAUUUGAAGACUAAAUACAUAUUUAAGACGUUUUGGUUAAACACAAAUUGCAUGAACCUAAAUUAAAUUGUACCCAACACACACACACACAUAUAUAGGGGUAUACAUAUAUAUAUUUAUAUGGGUAUAUAUAUAUAUAUAUAUAUACAUUAUAUCUAUUAAAUAAGUGAAAGAAAAUACCUCCCAGUAACCCAAAUAGAAGCCCAGCUUUUAUCAACCAAUUGACUCAUUUUCCCUAAUCACACUCACACAGGACCAAAAAUGUGCAAGUUAAACAAAUAUUUAAAACUUUUUAGUGCAUUUAAAUAUAAAAGUGUUAAAGUUAGUACAAUAUUUAAUUUUAAUUAGGAGUUCUGUCGGUGGAAACUUAGGGCUACUUGUGUCCUGAAAGGUGUGCCUUAAUUUAGCAAAGAAAUCUAUAUUUAUAUGAAUGUAUAUUCAUGGGUUUCUUGCAAUAUUGGAAUUUAUUUCUUCCUUAGAGAUCGCACCAGGCAUGUAUGUGAAUGGAAACCAAUAGACUACUCCACCGAUGAACCCAUCCGGAAACAUUUUUCAGCAGCUUUCAGCUCAAUCCCUGCUGUAGAAGAGUUUGUUACUAUAUUUACUGAAGUGAGUGAACAACGAGUGAUAUCAAUGCUUAAGUGUUAUAAUGGCCUGAGGCAUAGUGUGCUGACAGUUGGGGAUCACUACUGGAAUCAAAAUAUUGUAUUUAAAGCUCAGAUCACAGCUGAUAUUAAAGUUAGUGUAAAGGAGAUUUGACCCAACUUAUUUGAACCCUCCCUGGGUCUGGUGGUCUGACUGAACCCUCCCUGGGUCUGGAGGUAUGACUGAACCCUCCCUGGGUUAGGAGGUAAGACUGAACCCUCCCUGGGUCAGAAGGUAUGACCAAAUAAUUUGGAGGUGAUUCACAAACACUAAGGCCAUUAAAAUUGUAUAAAAAGGAAUAGAAUAUUUCUGGUUAUCACUUAGUGGUAUCAUUGUAAACCAUUGUACAUUACCAUAAUCAUUAUUAUUAUUGUUAUUUUUAUAGAGUCAGGGAUUAGCAAUGGACUCAGAAAUAUCAGAAAACAUGCCCAGUGACAUAGAAGUCCCAGAAAUAUUUUCUGCAGGUGAAAUACAUCAUUGAGGUAAUUAACUGAACUAUUUUAUUGCAACUAAUUUAAAAAAAAUUAAAACUUUGUUGCAUUUUCAUAAAGUAAUGUUGAUAUUUAUUAUAUCGUCAACAUUUUCUGAAGUAUCCGGUGAAGAAUUAAUAUUAUAUAAUUUUCUAACUCACCAUGUGACAUAACAUAUUUUAUUUACCUAUGUAACAACACUGCACCAAACAAUUACAAUCGUACAUAUUUCUCUUUUUAGAUUUCACAUUGAAGAAACAGUUUACAGAAAUCUAAUCACUUGGUUGAAAUUUAUAGAAAUGUCUCAUUAAGUGAGCAAAUUUGUCAUUAGUUUAUACAGAAAUGUGCCGAUUAUCACGACUAUCAAUGUAUCAGUUACAGUAGAGAGAUGAAAACAAAGUAUAAUUUAAAUUUUCUUUUUAAUAACUCUCAUUCUGAAAUUCUUUGUGCAAGGAUUGAUCAACUCCUAUUGUAACAGUUCAUUAAUUGGUGGAAGCCAAGCUAAUGGCUUGAGCAUGAUUAUUUGAGUUCUGGGUUCUAUGAUGGGUAAUAGUUAAAAUGACUGGGGAAAAAAAAGGGGAAUGUUUGUCAUCAGAAACAAUAUUUUUCAUACUGUCCAGGAGUGAUUUCUCCGACAAUGAUUUCAUGUACAUAUUUCAGUUUUGUACUUUCAAUAGAAACUCUUUGUGUUCAAUUUUUGAAGAGAAAUGUAAUAGUAAUAGUUUUGAUGAAUUACAAAAUGCAUGUCACAUUUUUCUCCAAAACUGUAAGUUUGCUAUUUCAAAGUCAGAAUCAUAAAAUGUCACUAUAAAAAUAAAUAAAGGUGAGAACAAUCCAGAGUCUUGUGUAAUUUCAUUGUUUCUUUUUAAACAAAAAUAAUAAAAGGUGUUGACAUUGAUAUCCUAUAUCAAGAGCAGAGCUCUCCAGGACAAUAGAAACAUGCCAGUUUAGUAUUCCAAAAGAAGAGCUUUAUAUAUGUCAAAUAGAAAGGAAGAGGAAGCAGGGAUAUAUUUGGAGAUCCUGUGGUAUUAAUAUUAUGGUCUCAAUUACAAAAUUUAAAGAAGGAGCAGUGACAUAGUUAGAGCUCCUGGGGUGUUAUGGUCUCUGAUACAACUAAGCUAAAAUGACAUAACUGAAGUAGAUUUAGGGGACAAUCUUUUCACUAUCAUUGUGCAAUUUUUAGACCUUAAAUUUAGGCAUACAGAUUAAAAUGAUGAUGCUGUGCCAACAUGACCAGUUGAAAGAGUUUUAUACUUGUUUACAGUUUUGGUAACAAUAUAUUUAUUUAUUCAUCCCCCAUUUGUUGCUGUCCAUGUUAAUAUUUAGAUCACCAUUCCAUUGUCAUCUAUUUCAAUUACUAUUGACUCCAAAUAAGUUGUGCAUCUUUUUUUAAUGUUAAUUUUGAGGAAAUUUUGAAAUAAAAAUGUAAGGGAAGAUUUAAAUAUUAUUAAGAAUAAGGCAGAUUUGAGCUGACCAAAACAUAUUUAGAAUGCAUUGUUAUACCCUAGAGCUACAGAAUCUUUAUUGAGCUAAAUUUUUAUUUUUGUUCUCCCAGAUAUUUGUUUGAAGAUAUAUUGAGAUUAAAUUGUAUGUUAUAUGCAUAACCCUAAUAAAAUAACUUCUUACCUUUAAUAGAUGAAAUAAUAUAUUUGUAUUAAUGUAGAGCUGGAUUUAUUUAAAAAUUGCUUAACUGCUUAAGUUUUAACAUGCUUAACGCUUCUGUAACAUUUGUAAUACAGUAUUUAUAAAGCAAAAAUUAUGUUUUCCUGUAGUGACUGGUUGCAGUAACUAUAAACUAUACUGGCAUUUUUAAACGCAUAACACAGGAUGGAGAAAUUUACAAAUAACACCAAAUUUUUAAAAUUUUUAUUUCCCACUUAAUUAGAGCCGCUGAGAAUUCAUUCUCAAAUUCUUUGUUUGCUGAAUCAAAAGCAGUUAGCAGGCAGAUGUAUUAACCAUUAAUGAAUUGGUAAAAAUAUAUAGUGAAGUUUUAUCCAGAAAAGGAGCUCUGAGAGUUUGCUGGGAUGUUAUAGAGAAGAUUUGGCAUGUAUAAAAACCAUCAACUGAAAUAAGUGAAAGCUAUUGAAAUAGAUUUAAUUUUUGAAAAAAUAAUUUUGGAAUUAUUUUAAAAUGUGUUGACUUGAACGAAUGAACGCUGGGUGUGUACAUCGAGAUGAUCACAAUUUUAAAUUGUUGAAUUAAAAAAAAACUUUUUCCAUAGCAUUGGCAAAUAAAGUGUUAAAUUUCUCUCUCUAGCCAUGAUUAUCUGUCACUUUAUAAAUUGCAAGUUUUGGUUUGGAGGGGAGAGAGCAUUUUGAUUUACUGAUCAAUUUACUGAUUAUCAAAAUAAAAAGGCAAAAUAUU